GAAAGCAGUAGAUAAAUACGUUUUCGAAGUAAAUAUUGAACAGACACACGUUAGGUGAUGUAAAAAGUAUUUUACGUGAUAAUUGUAGGUUUGUGGGUUAAAUUAGAAUCAGAAUGGUAGUGGUUACGCUUUAAAGCCGCAUUGUUUUUUCUUUUUAAAUGUUUGGUAUCAUUAUUCAAAUGUUUGCUAUUUCGGACGAAAUAAUUUGGUGUCAUAUGUUAAAUGAUUCUCUAUUGUGUACUUGUACUUGUGAUCGUUUGCUUUUCAUACAAAAAAAUAUCACCAGAUGGCGCCAAACCCAAUUAGUCAAUGAUCCUGUGAGUUGUUUGAGGCAACUUUGUCUAUGAUUCAUCAAGUUUUAGCCUUUGUUCAUCACUUCUCUGUUAUCUGUUGCAUGGAAUACACUGCCAACAAUAGCAUAUGCUGACCCAAGUAGCUACUGCAGCGGAACAAAGUGACAUAAAAAUCUUCUGUGGGCUUAGAGAUAUGAAGUAGCCUUUAGGAACCACGGGGACAACAUCUCUCCUCAGUUGAAGGGAACUGCUCUGUUUAUGCCAAGAACCAAACACGCACAGGGGGGAGUAUGAGACUGGAUGUUUACACCCGCAGACCACACAUUUACUGACCUCCCAUGUAAGAGGACGGAGGAGGCGACCCCCCGUCCUGCUCUCACUCACACACUCACGGAGUGGACUCCUGACACGGAAGCGGAGGCAGCGCUGACACCGUGCGCUGUUUGCUCCCCGGGCGGCGCGCAGUUUCACCGGAGCCCGCUGCCUGUCUGCCCGCCCGCCUGCGCUGUCUGCCUGCGAAAAGUGAUGCUGUCAUAGCCCCCUGCGCCGCGGACAGAGAGGCUCUCUCUCCUCCCGCACUCCCCUGGUUCCUCUCUGGCUGACUGUCGCGGCGGCAGUGCGGAUGUGGAGCCUGCAACGCAACGCUCUUCAGCCGCUGGCAAGCAUCGGAGAAGAAGAUGAAAUGUUUUUCCCGUUAUCUGCCGUACCUCUUCCGCCCUCCGAGCACCAUCCUGUCCUCCACUUGCCACACCGAAGGUAGGGUGGGACGCCGAGAGGGCUGUCAGGGGAUGUUAGUUGCCUACUUUGAGUAUGUGACAUGAAUGUUUGGCAUCUCCUCUGCCCAUGACAUGCAGUAAACGUGUGGAGAAGUUAGAUUGUGCAGUUGUAGGGCUGCUGACACACUGCAGAUUUGUCACACUGCGUGAAGUUAUUGGACUCGUUUAUAAAUUCAGAUGAUUGGGAGAGAGCCUAUCUGAUGACUAAAGAUGUUGAUGUGUGUGAUUGUGUGGCUUUCUGGUGUAAAGAGUGACUCUAAUUGUAUUAUUCUUUGAUGCCACACACAGGCCUAUGCCAGAAGAGACACUCAGUCUGUGGAGUUGCAUGACAAGUGUCUUCCAUUGCUCUUUAAUGCAUUUAUUUCACCCUGCCACACUUUGCUUAGAUAACCCAUGUAGCAUGCACACCAGUAGGCUAGUAGAUGCCACCAGAUUUGAUUCACUUUAUUCAGAGGAUACAUUUCCCCUGAAUGAUAAAAUCUUGACCAGGUUAUACACCUGGCAUGCACACAGUUUUGCAGAGUUUACAUUGUGAAUUGACCUCUUCUGUGAUGGCAAUAAAAUAGUUGCAAGGGCAUUUCAAUUCACUCUGCUGUCUGCCGGGGCAGCCCGAGAGGGUCUGAGUGUUUGUAUAACCAGCCAUUUACUGGGUCAUAAUGUGGAGACUGAGCCACUGCAUUAUUUAGCUUUGCAUGGUUGCCCUGCUUCCUGUGUGCGCGCUGCCCUCAGCCCUCUGGCACAGGAAGGAAGAUGGUGUGGUACAGCACAGUGUGUGAGGGUCAGACACAGGGCCUCUAACAGCCCUUGGUUCUGACCUAUUUACUGUUAAUUCCAGAAAGUGAAAGACCUGUAGUGGAUGUAUAUAUACUCUAUAGUCUUGACUCACUCACAUAUUCUUCUGCUCCAUCACGUCCAUUGAACGCUCCCUUUUCAAACCUUUACUCUGGUGCUUCCUCACCUUCAGAGCAACUCUGAAUGGUAAUUCAGUGUACAACAAAACUGCUCUCAAUUUGCAUGAUUAAUGCAAACCUCAAGGUGUACUUUUAUAUUUUGAUUAAAUCACAAUCAAACAAUCCAGGGGCUAACAAAGCAAUUAUACAAAAACCCAAUUAUAUAACAAAUGAACAAAGUGUUGAACAAUUUACAGAGAAAAAUGUGCAUUAUGAAAUAAGAAAAAUGGAUAAAUCACAAUUUCAAAGGUCAAAUAAUUAUGGCUGGAGGAGUGUGGAGAAAGUGGACAUCUAAAACAAAGGUAUAUUUGUCAGAGGUUUAUCUUUGGAAGCUUAGCCAAAAAAGAAAAAGCCGAAAAAGUGUUUAAAAUCAAGCAAAAAUAAAUCCUUGUGCUGCUCAGUGUAAAUCUGUUUUGUACCAGAAAGUGUUCUCUAAGUACUGCCUAAGUACUGUCUUCAUGACGGCUAACCUCAGUCAAGACAGGAAGAAAAUCAGGGUCAGCCAAAAGUUUUGGUAACCAUGAGAUAGUGAAACUUGAGUUAGACUGUUUCCAGGCCAAACACCCAAACCCUCCUGCAGUGCGUCCUAGCUUAUAUUUCUUUUGAUUACUUUUUAACAGCGGCUCGUGCUUGGUGAAAAUAUGGCUUCAACUGUUUACGCAAUACACACUGCUACAGCUUUACCCAAUUCCCAGCCACAAAUAUUUUUUUUGCUAUGAAAUGCAGAGAUAUGAUUGUCAUAAGCAGGAGCUCAUGAAUCUAGAGAUGAAGUCAACAAACACAAUCAUCGACCCUUCUCUCCUUACAUCCUCUCACUGACUCUCAGAGUUUCUGCAGGUGAUAAGAGAGCGGUGUAAUGGAGGAAAUGAUAGAUCUGUAAAUCUCCAAUCCUCGGCCUUAGUAAUGUGAUAUGAGAUCCUGCAUUGCUCUCCGCAUGGAGAAAUAUGAAGCAGUCUUACAUAGAGAGCGGGUCAGAGAUGUUGACUCUCAUGUGCCGCGGGCCAAUGGGCAGUGAUGACACAGCAGAUGACCUUGGAAACAUGACGUGUAAAAAUUGCACAGGCCAUCUCAUCUGCACGCGAUCCAUGCGAGUGUCUGCCUAAUUUGUGCACAACUAAAGGCAUGAAUGUGUGUUUGCAUUUCAUCAACGCUCCUCUUUGUUUACUCCUGCUGUUUGCUCCUCUUGCCUUGACCUUGUAGCUGUAUUUUGCUUUUCCGGUAGUCUUCCUGGUCAUGAGGAGGCUGGCCCAUGCACCGCUGUUGCCCUUCUUGUUCCUCUCAAGGCCUUCCCCCACCCCCCCACCCCCUUCAUAAAAUCCCCCAGCAUUCAUGUCGGCUCCAGCUGAGCAGAGUUCACCCCAGGGAAGAUGAGUGUGCAGUUACCAUGUUAGUGGAAAAACAUUAUAUAAGCCCUGUGCUGGACCAUAUUGUGUGCAUAUGUGUGUGUGUGUUCUUUUUGUUUAUCUGGGCCAUUGUGGAGAGCAGAGUGCCAGCAUCACUCGGAUUCACCUGGGUCCACUCUCUGAGGGGUACACAGACAGUUUUUGACUGCUUGUGUCUUUUUGUUUGUGACUAUGUGUUUAAACCUCUCUGUAAGUUUGCACAAGUCUCAGUGUCUUUUAUCUAUUUUUUCUGUUCUUUUGUCCCCUGGUGUCCUCCUUUUUCCCAUUUCACAUCAGUCUGUCAGUUCUGGUGUGAUGGAUUAAGUCUUAAAGGUUUCUGAUGGGUGUGUGUUUGUGUGUGCAUGUGUGUCUCCCUGCUGCUGUUUUAUGUUUGAGUCAGGGAAAAAUGUGCGUCCCCAACUGACGCCUCACUGGCAUCAAUCAGACAACCAGUCCUGCCUCUGCUUCCUCUUUCGAGCUGCUGUAAAGUCUGUAAUAUCAGCUCCAGAUUCAUUUUUUUUGUUUGUUUAGGAGUGACAUAUAAAAGCAGAAUAAUGAAUAUUUAAGAUCUGUGACGAGACACUCUUUGUGAUUUAUGUCUAUAGUUGACAUUUAUCAUGUUCUUUGAUGUGGGUGUAUUUGUAUACAUGUAUCUUUGGGUUUUGCACUUUUUCACGGCUGUUUUAUUCAUAAGAAGAGCAGCGAACUUGUCACGAUGGUGCCUCAGGGAGACUUCUGUCGGCAUUUUGACAAAGCGUGACACCAAGUUGAAAUUUGGUUGGCGAGAAACAGAUUGUACGCUGCUGUAUGCACCGUUAUCAUGCAUCCUGUUAUGUUGUUACCCUGACAGACACCCACUUCACAGCUCACAACACACUCCUCAUAGCCCUAUUGUCCUUGCAUGCCAGUAGGGACAAACUACUGACACUCAUGAGGCUUCCACACACUUGUACACGUGAGUGAUGUGUUUCACUUUGCUCAGCUUUUCUGUUUGGAGGGGGGAAAGAUGAGAAAACAGCGAACAAAGGGUGCUAAAAAGUACUCCAGAGAGAAAGGUGAUAAGAAGCGACUGCUGUUCCUGAAAACUCAUUUUAGCAUCUUGAAGCAUUUAAAAUUGCUGCUCUGCUCACAAACACAUUUUACUUGACCUUUUACCAAGCUGGCAAGCAAACAAACAUAAAGAUUAAUGAAAAUGUCCUUAAAGGAGCAGGAUGUUCUUGUGAUUGUAUUGCACUCCCAUAAAGUUGAUGCACUUGCCAGAAAGAGAUCAAUAAAUUGAAGCAGCAGAUGCAGAGAUAUUAAGUGUUUGAGUCUCUACAAAAGGUCCCAAAACACUAGCCCUUCAUUUCCUAUUAUGCCGUUUUUUUUUUUUUUAUAGACCUUGCUUAGUAAAGACUAAAAGUUUUUAACAGGCCAUUUUAAAAGUUAUGCACAAGGUAAGGCAACCCUAAUGACAUCAGCAUGAUACUGUAAGGUUUAUUUCCAGUCAUAGACAGUCAAAAAAUGUUUUUUUGAAGGCAGAACAGCACAUCUCAUGACAGGUUAGUCUACCUUUACAUUUGAAUAUACACAUGGGAGCACUUGUGGCACAAAAAGUAGCUCUAAAAUAUUCUCAAGCAUUAAAUUCAUACCUGUCUAAGUGCCUCAAGCUCUCUUUUGCAGCAAACCCUCCAGUUAUGUGGAAAAAGAAAUUCCCCUCAUGAAAAAGAUAAGAAUAGUAUAAUACAACACAUAUCUCUGUUUUUGAAGAAGGAUUGAUGUUUGAAAGGUGUAUGAGUCAGAUGUGACAUUUUCUUUUUGUUCUCCCAAUGUCAUCGCUUUGGUGUGCAAAGACACACUUGGUGAAUUUUAGGCUGCAUUGCUUAAAGUAUCUGAUGGAGGGGCUUUGAAAUUUGCAUACAUGCUUAUUUUCCUUUUUAUUUCAGUUGUUUUCUUAACAUCUAACCAUAGUGUUUAUUCCCAAUGUUGAAAAGCACGAAAUGUACACAGAAAGAGCUCAAUAGAGUGGCACCAUGGUAUGCCUUGGUCUGGCCUACAACAUUGACAAGCCUUGUGCUUAUUUUCUAGAUCACCUAAAAAUUAUUCUGGGCAAGCUCAAGAUAAUGCAAAAAUCACACUCCGAGUGCAAACCUCUACCAUUGAGGGUGCAUACAUUUUAAUUUUAGGAUAUUUUUUCAUUGAUGAUCCACAUGGCAUGUACUUUGGCAGAAAAAAAAAAAAUCUUUUAAUGUGAGCUCUAAUCUGUGAUAACAGGCCUUUAGUGCUUCGUAUACUCACUUUAAUCACACUCAGCUCAUUGGGGCCAAGAAGCUGCCACAUUUGAAUCCAUUGCGUCUGAUGGCCUCUGCAUCAUAAAACAUCUGGCUUCUUACAUUACGCAUUCAAUUUGCAGGCCAGACUCUGAAUUUGUAAUUCUUACUACUUUCCAGGAGAUAACAACAUUUACUUACUGUAGUACUCUUGGCAAAAGAAAACAGUCCCAUUCAAAGUCACUGGAGGCAGUAAAGGCUUUAUUCCCUUUUAGCAUUUUAUAUACAGGAAAUAGUUAUUAUUUGUGUCUUUUUUAUUUAUGAUUGGUGGCAUAAAGUAUUCCCAUAUCUAAACUCUGUAUUUUAGCCCAGAAUCCUUCGUGAGUGACCAUCUCAAAGACAGCAGCCUUAAAGAUGGUCAGUGAUUUUAUUGAUUCCUUAGACAAUCAAGAACAUUGUUCAGCAUUGUUUAUUGACUUGUAUAAUGCUUUUGACACUGUGGACCAUGUUAUCAUGAAGCAGAGGCUAUUUAGAAUUGGACUGUCUGAACAAUUUGUCUGCUGGUUUGAAAACUAUUAUCCAACAGAUCGCAGUGUGUGUACACAGAAGGCAUCACCUCUAGACCUCUUAAAUUAAUAAAUAGUGUGCCUCAAGGCUCCAUCUUAGGACCUCUUUUGUUUUAAAUUUAUGUUGAUACCAUUGGCUAACAUGUCUCAAAUGCAAAUUUUUAUUUAUAUGUGGAUAAUACUGCUCUGCUCCAACACAGUAUCAGGCUUUUUGUCAUUUACAAGAUGCAUUUGAUACCUUUACAAAAUACCUUUCAUGAGUUGAAAAUGAUCUGAAAUCCUGAGAAAAUUAAACUCAUGAUGUUUAGAAAUUCAAAGACAAAACCACUAAACCUGCUGUCUAUUAGGUGAUGUGAUUGAGUCUGUAUGUUCCUACAAAUAACUGAGAUUACUAAAUACUGACUCUUGGUCUUUCAAGCCUCAUAUACUGGAACUUGUAAAAAAGUUGAAGCUACAACUGAACUUCUAUUUCAGGAAUAAGUCCAGUUUUUUUUUUUUUUCUUUCUUUUUUCUUUUGCUGCAAAGGAAAGACUCAUUGCGGCUACACUUAUGCCUCUGAUUGACAAUGGUGAUUUUUUGUAUAGGCAUGCAUCGACUGAAAUCCUUCACUCUCUGGAUACUGUUUACAGUGGAGCUCUGAGGUUCAUUACAAAUCUGAAGUUUCUUACCCACUACUGGUCUCCACAUGAUCGAGUUGGCUGGCCUCCUUUGUCUACUUGUUGACUAAAUCCCUGGCAUGUCCCCAUUUACGAGGUGAUUCUUAACUUGCUACCCUCUUAUUUGUACAAUGUAAUUAAUUUGAAAAAUCUUGGACGCUAUCGCCAUCGCUCUGUGACCCUAGUACGCACUUACUUUUGCUGUCUGUCCCCAGAGUGCAUCUUGCAAUGGGUAAGAGAAUUCUAGGCACAGUGCUCCUGCAGGAAAAGUUGGAUUUGAGGGAGCUGGUCUCCCUGAACGUUUUUAAAAGCAGAUUGAAGGCUUUGGAGGAUGAUGCAUCAGGCUGUAUAUGCUUUGUAUGAUAAUUUAUGUUAUAUGACCAGAUCUUGAACCCGUGUUAGCACUUCUGUAACUUUGUUGGAACAUGCUGCUGUCUUGACCAGGGCACUCUUGUAAAAGACAUUUUUAAUAUGAAAAGCUUUCCAGGUCAAAUAAAAUGCCGACAGAAGUCUCCCUGAGGCACCAUCGUGACAAAUAAUAAUGGACAAAAAAAAGUCAUUUUUUAAAUGCAUCUCUGUACCUGUUUGUUGUUAUGAAACCCUCAAGUGGUCCAAGUAUUAGCAAAUUUAGGUUUUAACAACUUAGUCUGUGUUUUUAUUGAACUGUUUUUCUGAAUUAUGCACUAAUUCCAUAAACUGGAUUGCUGCCGAGUCCAGCAUUAACAUUACUCAAGAGAUCGUUCAGCCAAGCGUGACUGUCUAGUCCAAAUAAAGCAGACCUUUCAUUUGUACUUAUAAAAAUUACAACAAAACACUUGCAUAAACCAUACGAAAGGAUAUUAUGAAAUUGAUCAUGGGCCAAAGUGUGCAAGCUUGACUUUAGGUCAUAGUCUCUCUAACAGUGAGUACUUCUGCUGGUAUACAGUGCCCAGCAUAAGUCAGUACACCCCAUAUGGAAAGUAAUGUAUUACUUAAUAUCUAGAUGAGCAAAAGUACAAUUUACCAAAGCUUUGACAAAGCUGAAUUUAACAUAACAUUUUAUUUACCAUAAAAUGAAAAUAAGGGUGAUACGGUAACUAAAAUUUAGCUUUGCUCCCAGAACUUUGAUUGGGGUGAACUCAUUUUUGCAUCCUGAUUUUAAAUUGACUUUUUUGUAUGAAACUUGAAAAAUCUUGUUUGCAAUCAACAGCCUACAUUUGGGGGGAGUAUUUUGUUGUAUAGUCUGACAUAGAAAGUGAAACUAAAGGUUUUCUGACAACUCUGAAGAGGUGUACUCAUUUUUGCUGAGCACUGUAAAGUGGUGAAUUUUGCACUUGGAGUUCAGCUCCUAGUUUAAAGGACUACAUGUGUUUUGCAUUAGACAUAUGCUUUGUAAUAUAGUGUUAACUGUUAUGUGAAAAUGGUCAUGAUUGAACACAGAGUGGAGGCAUGAAAGCUUGGGUGUUAUGUAGUUUUAUGAUAUUUAGAUAUGAAUUGGAAUGAAUAAGGUUCUUUGUAGGACACUUUCCGCCGUUGUUCCUUUUUUGGUGCAUUGCCUUGAAACAAUUCUGCAGGACAAGGUGAAAAAAGUGGUUGUAUUGAUUAAGUGCUUACCCAUGGACUUUGCUAUGGCCACCUUUGUACUUCCCUGAAAUGACAGGACACAAAUAGAUGCCUGGAGGGAAGCUGAAACAUUAAAACCCGAUGGUGUACUUGCAGCAAUAUCAAUUAAAGGUAAUGUGUAGUUAGGAAACUAAAAUCCCAUUCUUUGACUCCCAGCAGGUGGAUCUCAGGAGCCUGUGGGAACUGUAAUGAACAUGAUGUUCUCCAGCACAGUGAGACAAAAACACCAUAACAAAGCUGUCUCUUUCUCACACAGCACUCAUCCAGUCUCAUUUUACCACAAACACUUCCUGCUAGCUCUCCACGGCAAGUCGACAUGAAAACAAGGAAAGAAACACACAAUUACAGCGUAACUGAGACUCCCUUUACUCUCACAGCCUCAUAGGAGGCAGUGUAUCAUUACAGCAAACUCGUGACGCAAGUCUCAUUCUCUCCUUUCUUUAUCCUUUCACAAUCUGCAGAAACAGGAUAAAUGUUUCACCCCCGACCUGUUCAAAAUGGUGCUCCUUGGUGUUGAUGCCCCUUGUGUUAUAUAGAAUCGACUCUGCUCCUGUUGGGAGCUUCAGAGGCAGACAAAGAGGCUCCUUAUCGAGCCGCUCUGCUGGGCCUUUGCUCUGGCUGGCAGGCUGUAGCAUGAAGACACAGACUGCUAUUGGGAUUGGGGUAUAUAUAGAACAUCAGGAUGGGCUUCCUCUUUCUCUGCCUCUCCCGUCUGUCUCAGUGGUUUUAUAAAAGGUGCUGAUGGAAUGAGGGAGACAAGAUGGUAGUCCUGCUGUAAAAGCCCCUCUUUAAAUCUUGAGGUCAGAUUCAUGCAUUGAGUAUCAUUCACCUCUAAGAGUAAUGUGACCGUGAAAUAAAUAGUGACGGACAGAGUAUGGUCUUUUAUGGCAUAGGGGAAAACCAUAGACUGUAUAUACUAUAGACAACUUGGUUCCGCCUUCCGCCAGUACAUGGAUUUGAGGCCGAAAAGCUCUCGGUAUUUCCGGUUUUUUUCUCAACUUCCUGAAACCAACGUUGUGCAGUAGCAUUGUGCGCAUUCGGCGGGAGAGUCACAGAGAGUCGUUCUGAUGACGCUUGGCUCAAACAGCGUAUCCCCCUGUGCAAUCUUCGUACACCCAUAGGCUGUAUCAGGUGUCAAUCAAAGAAAACAUGAACCCCCUAAUAACUUUUAAAAUGGAGCUAUACAGAAAAAAGAGGACUUGAGCACAAACCAGUCUUAUAGUAACUACAUGUCAACAUCGCAACCAGGGGAAGAAACAUUUAUAUUCUGUGUCAUAAAUCUCUAAAGUUUGUCCACAGUUCCAUAGGGAUGGCUGGAGGAGGCGGGAUUUAUGACCUAUACUGCAGAGGGUGCUGUUCUCGAGGUGGCUUCACCCAGCAAGGAGGUAGACGGCGUCUUACCGGUCAAGGAUCUGAAUGGGCCAACUGGUUCCCUGAAAGAGAAGACUAUCUGUAUCAUUAUUCAGUCAAUCACUUAGAGCCCUAACUAGCCGUCAGCUACCCUUCCUACAUGGACUGCUCUUCGUUCGGUUGUAAUGCUGAGAGAGGUUAGAGCAGUUGAAGAAGACUGCUGGCUGAACAAGAACACAAGAUGCCGUACGAAACAUGUGGGCCAGCGAAAAGGAACAGGAAGUGUGAUAUCACCGAGUUUCCUCACAUUGUGCCGGGGCUAGUUAGCGUUAUGAUUAAGAACACGGAAACCUGGUUGAAUCUCCUGGGAUGAAUCAGGGGUAAUUGAAUAAGAUUAUGGGUGGAAAGGCAAACAGGCUUAAGGCACCAGAUGUUUCUUUCCCUCUCUGAUCUCAUAGAGCGCCUGCUAUGGCUGACCUUAGUGUUCCCUGGAGAGGUGUGUUGUUGUGAAUAUUUCCCAGGAGGCCUUAGACAAACGAGCUCAGGCCCAAAUGUGCUGACUCAAGUUUUCUGAAAGGAAUAGGGGAGGCGGUUCUUAAUUUAAUUUCCUUUGCCAGGGUCACACCUAUUAUGUCUGUGUAGGAUCAUAAAAAUGAAACACAAACACUUUAAUAGUUACAUAACUUUCGCUAAAACCACACUCACUGGUUGGGACUAGAUAUGAAAGACAAUGCCAUCGACUUGGUGGGAAGUGGAGAUACAGUCAGAGACGUUGCUGCAAGUUUAUCUCAGAAGGAAACCAACCGCACCAACAGAAGCGAUGGCCAUGAUCCAAUUAGAUCCGCCUCUAGUUGCCCUUUACAGUUUCCCAGCACAGUUUUUCAAUAUCCCUCUGAAAAUAGCCCCCUAUUGUUGCAGAGUCAUACACUCCCGUUUGUACAGAAUAACCUGAGAAAAACGGUCGAUAUGGAUCAGGGAUCAAACCAAAACAUUGUCUAGAAUGGAGAUGGCUAUAGAUAGAAAAAUGUUUGUUGUGUUUUCUGUCAGUCAGCACCACGGACAGAGCAGAGAGGUGUGUACAAUAACUAGAGAGGUAGACACUACAUCACAACUGGAGUCAUACUGUGGUGAAGGCUUUUACUGUUCAGCCUGAAUGCUGUUCUACACAGGAGACAUAGCACCAGAUAAAUAAUGUAGCUUAAUGCUACUGUAUUAGGCAGCAGUACAUGCAGUACCAGUCUGUCUCUCCUUUCUGUCUGUAUUCCUCUGCACUGCUCUACGACCCCACCCCUGCUAACACACACAUACCCACAGAAACACAGAGAAUAAAAAACACGCACAAUUCUCUGAAUGGUUGGGUGCUACAUGAUGUCACAUGAUGAGUCAUAAAUCAGAAAACCGUCGCACCGUCUGUCUGGGUCUGCUUAUUUCUUUUUAUAUUUUAAUGUGUCUCUAGUUUCAGGCUUUUGGCACUAGCAGUAUGUGAUAAACAGCAUCUGCUAAGUUUAAAUGUCGUAUUCACACUGGCAGACACACUAUAUUUAUAACUGUAGUUGUUAUGCAGAGGAGAAAACUGGUGAAAUUUCCAUCACGUGUGAUUAGUCAUCAUCCAUUCCUAUUUAGGCCAGUACAAUAGUGUCAAAACUACUUGUAUGAUUCAGAGAGUGCCAAAUAAAAGAUUUAAUACAGAGUCUUAUCAGCAGUUGUACAGCUGUAUCAUCCCAUGUUCUAUUCAGUGUGGACUAACUUUCUGAAUAUCAGCUUGUUCCUUUUGGUACUCCAACCAUAAUGUUAUUGCUAACGCUGUUUUUGUGUAGAAACUGUCAAACAAUGACAGACACCAUGUUCAGUCAUGCUCCGGGGAAAUCUGCAGGCUGAACUGCAGGAUUGACGUCACACCCUUCCUUUAACCAAAGCACACAUUUUUUCAGCAAGGAAACACCAAAGAUCUCUCAGGUCUAGGCACAGACACAGCAGACACUUAAUAACUAUGGAAAGUGUUAAAACUCCCGUCAUGUCACAUUCUGGGGGUGGGAAUCACUAGUUGCCCCAUGAUACGAUUUUAUUGAAAUUUUUAACAUUUUGAAAUACAGUGAGUAUUGCGAUACAAUAUAUUGCAAUUAAUAUAUAUUUUUUUUAGUUCUUCAGCUAAUUUAGCAUUUGGAUUUCUUUUAUGUUUGUCUUAUUAACGCUGUAUUUUAUUUUUAUGUUGCACAUCUUGCAAACCUUUCAUAUAUAUAUAUAUAUAUAUAUAUAUAUAUAUAUAUAUAUAUAUAUACAUAUAUAUAUUUAUAAGGUUUACAAGAUGUGCAACAUGAAAAUAAAAUACAAACAAACAACAAUACAAACAACAAACAUAUAUAUUUGUUGUACUAACUUUCUCCUGUUCAAUGAUAUCACAAAUGCCAAUCUCACUGGACAAACAAUUGAUUUUAUUUUUCCAUUAGAUUUAACUUCAUAUUAGCAAUUAAUUUGAAAAAAAAAUGAUACUUUGUAAAUGAGACAAUAUGAUAUAUCACAAGACAAAAUAUUGCAAUACUUUAACUAUUUUAAACUAAAUUUCAACAACUGCAUAUAAAUCAGUAUAAUAAGAAUUUACUGCCGGGGCUGAAAGCAUGUUUUGUUUUGCAACAAGUUGGUAAUUUUAAUUCCUGGUUCAUCUCAUGUAGUCCAGUUCUCAUGCAUGUGUGGCUUCGCUCCAGCUUCCUCCCACAGUCCAAAAAACAUGCCUGUCAGGUUAAUUGGUCACUCUAAAUUGCACGUAGGUGUGAGUCUGAGCAUGAAUGGUUUGUCUGUCUUUAAAUGUCAGUCCUGUGAUAAUCUGGCAACCAGUCCAGGGUGUACCCCUCCUCUUGCCUAAUGACAGCCGGGAUAGGCUCCAGCCCCCCUGUGACUUAGUAGGGAAAAAGCAGUCAGGAUGAUAGAUGGAUGUUGCCCCUGUCUUCUUUUCAGCAUUUUUUCCACAUCAGACAUGUUUCCCUGCUCUUGCUUUUGAAGGCAAAACUCACGAGUCCAUGAUGGCACCUCUUUAGGCAUCCCGGCAGGAACUGUUAUACAACGCGACAGCAUGUGAACACACAUGCAGGUGGACACAUAAGCCAGCCGUCACUCCAAUCUGAAUAAACUGAUUAAAAUAAACACAAACAGUCUCCAUCAAUGAGUAAGCCCAUGUCCUCUCCAACUUUUGAGUCUGAAUAAAGUCGAUGCCUAAGUCCAAGAUUAGUCUUGGAAGUCUUGGAAAUGAGGCCUUGAAUUAGUCCUCACUUGACUAGACUGGAGUCUGAGUCCUGGUUUUAGGUCUCACAUCACUGUAAUGAUGCUUGUUUUCAUGGCUGUUAAAAGAGGUCUUUGAUAUCAUUGUUGGCAUCUUUUUUUUUAUGUUAUUUCUCAAUGACCUCUGUUUCCUUUAUUAAAGUGGGGCAGCCUUUGCAUGUUAUAAUGGAGUUGGCUCUAACAUAUGAUGGGAGGACAGCUUGGAUGGUUGGAUGCCCAGAGGCUACAGAAAACAGUCUAAUUAUUCAAAUCCCUGCUCUCAAGGGCAAAGGUUUCAUUUCAACACUGUCAGGUAAACAUAUUAAAUGAGGUUUUUAGGGGUCUGCUAGGAAAUAUUGAGAGUCAGACUCUGUUUCCUGCGCUCUUGGGAGUUUCUAAGCACUAUGUUGUUUUGUUGUGGAGUCUCCAUGAGCACAAAUCCCCCAUUCUUGCAAGUUGAAAGUGUUCAUUAUUCAAAUGGUCAUUUUAUGCUUGAUAAGUUCAAUGAAACCAUCGGACUGAUCCAGUCUGCUUCAGCUUCAUUAGCCUCAACUGCACUCUGCCUUCCUCCCAAGGGAAUUAUGAAUUACUCAACAAAUUACCAGGAUCAGUGGGCUUUUGUUUCAUUUCACAAAGUCAGACUGAACUGAAUGAAUCAUUUCCAUCGUUUUAUUUUGACGAACUCACAAACCCUCAAUGACAGCCAGAUGACCUUCUCUAAAUGAAGGUUUGUUUCACAUCUGAAAACAACAAUUGCAAGUAGGAAUCACUGAUUUAUUAUGACUGAAUCCUCAGAAGAUACUUAAGCACCGGACUAGCAAGAAAACAUUUGUUAAAAUAUCAAGUUGUUUCAAUGGCUUACAUGUUUGUUGUUUUCUCUUUAUCAGUUCCUGCAGCCUACACAGUAGUUAAGGGUCUUACUCCACCUGCUGAUGAUCAGUUCAUAUUCAAAAUACUUACUGUUGAGUCCAAUGGCAUACCAGAGCUUUUCUACUUCUUCUCGCUUCAGUUUUCCUCCCCCAAACUCUGAAGUGUCUCUUGGAGUACACAGUCAUUCUGAUGAACUCAGAGAUAGGGCUGAAUGUGAUUAAUUGGCAAUUUAAAUGACUGAAUCAGAGAGUGAGUGACUGCGAGUGAGAGAGAGAGCAUGCUCAUGGCUACAAGUUCAGAAAAAAACUACUUAUGUGAUCACGAAGCCUGGUGUAACUCAUCAAAGAUCUAACAGUGAACAGAUGGAACUAGAUUCAGUCUGACUAACAUUAGCAGCUGCUCCUAAGACCUCUGCAAGUUUAAAGUGGAUUGUUAGAACAAAUAUUUCUUUUAGAUUUAACCUACCAACACAAAAGUUGCUUGGGAAAAUCUAUUUGUAGCAGGAUACUGGAAGCUGUCCCCUCUUAUUUUCUCCUCCCUUGACUCAGCACUAGUGUCCUUUUUUUAUGGUACACUGUCAUUUUAAUGCCCACCGCCCAUGCUAUGUAAUUACUUAUGCUGACUUUAGUGCUUGUGGGUGUGUUGGUCACAAAAUGAGGUGCAAUCAGGUGCACAGGUUUGAAAUUAGUAUUCCUUACUUAGUGUUAAUGUUGAUAUAAUGACUUUCUGGUUUGCUGACAUAAGCUUGCUGUACUCCAUAGUUUAUCUCAACAAUGGCAAAGUGGAUGUGACGUUGGUGAGUUUGUGGUGUUGCUAUCCUAGCACGUGAAACUUAUUUUGUAGUUCAACUUCCUUUAACUUCCUACAAUUGUGCUGCAGCUGCUAGGAUACUAUAACCUAGAAUAAUAUGGUCACUCUCAUUUACUUUUUACCUUAGAUUGUUUAAACAGGGCCCAUCGUCCAAAUAUCUUCCAAACGAGCUAAAAGAAAAAAAAAAAAACAACUCCAUGUAAUGUGUACAAAAACAGAUUUUUUACGCAACUGCAAAUGCAAUUAAGUUUGCUGUAAAAUUUGUCAUUUUUAACACGGGUGUAUAUGGGAUUUCCAAGGUCUUGCAGCCAGCCUUAAGCGAACACUCCAGUUAAAGCAGAUUUUAGCAGUUGGCCUCAUAUUUCCACAAUAAAGAUUGUUGUGUAGCAGACCCACUGUAUGUGUCUGUUCAUGACUGUAGUGUUGUGCUUUAAAAAAAACCUUUACAUGCUUUAUUGGCACAUUUUGGAUGCCUGAAUGUUUAGUGUUUACUUGCUUAAUUUGCAUGAAUAACUUGCUCUAUUCACAUGCAUAUAACUUCUACACCAGUGACUAAACGCAUACAUUGAUGCGAGAGUGGAGGGGUUUCAAUAUGUGCCAUUUCAGUUUUUUUGUAUCUGACACAGUUAAGGUUGAGUAAACAGUGAGUAUUUGUUGUUUUUGCACACUUCACCAGAUAAUCUGACCUCCUCACUCAUUUUACACUGUGCCAACUCCUUCUUAUUUCUGUUUGGAUUGAAAAAAAAAAGUCCUAUUGUAUAACUCUUCGCAGCUGCACACCAGCAAGAUCAGAUUGUCCUCCAUUUUUCAGAUAAAUGAACCCACACUUCAAAGUUUGCAUCAUUCACUUUAUUUGUGCAAUUCCCACUUAAAUUCAGGCAGUUUACGAAACAUCACUUGGGUCGCCCAGUGAGAACUUGCAUCAAAUCAUGUCUUUACAUUGACUUUACAUGUAAUUCACUUGUGCAGUUGAUUUUAUUUGACCUGGUGUUGGAGAAGGAUGGGUGGUGGCUUCUUUCAUGAAAGAAAAGAUGUUUCAAGAUAUUUAGUUUUAUAUUACAGUGGUUUGCCCCUGUCCUCUGCUUGGCUUAAUUACUUCCUUGGUUGCCUUUUACACUUGAAACUAAGAGGACAGCACCAGUACAGGCCCGUUAACCAGAAAGACAAAUGGUGGAACUCUUGCUCUUGGACUGGAUGCCUACACCCGUACUACAAAAGCUGAACGUAAUAAAUUUGUAUACAAAUCAUUCGUGUUUGAUUUAACAACCUGCAAAGGUAAAAAAUGAAAACCGUGAGAGACGUCAUAUCAAACUGGUGAAAAAGACUGUCUCUGUGGUAGGACUCAAGUUGGACUCAGUGGAGGAUGUGGUGGAGAGAUCUACACUGAGGAAGGUGGAGACUAUUCUAAAGAACAUGGAUCACCCAUUUCACUACAACUUGAUGGACCAAAGGGCCAAUGAUGGUGGACGGCUCCUCUCUCUUUGCUGCAGGACAGAAAGAUUCAGAAGAUCUUUUGUACCAACAGCCAUCAAACUUUAUAACUCUUGUGUUAAUAGUAGAUAACUUUUAGAGACAUAUUAUGUGAGACAACAGACAAUUGAAUUUCCCUUUGGGGAUCAAUAAAGUUAUUCUUAUUCUUAAAGAUGAAGAUAAAAAUACGACAUCAGACAUCUCCAGCUGUACACAUUUAUCUGACUAAACAGUCAUCUCCAUCCUCACUUGUUUGGCAUCUGAAUUGCUAUUUGGUCAGGCUAAUUAUCAACAUGUUAUAAUUAUAGGCCCAAUAUUUCAGUAGUUUACUGUCUUAAGGGCAUUCACCUUGCUGGGGCUGUAUCUCUCAUUCAUGACUACGGCUGUAUUGCUUUUACUACCUGAAUGUAAAGGGAACAACAUAUGGGGUCUUGUAAUUUUGCACAGAUUGGCAGUAUUUUUGCAGAGAUAUGUAACACAGACACAUGAACCGCGGCAUGAACAUGCAAUAAGUACUGGAGGCUGGCCUUGGUAGCUUUGUUUUAGCAACACUCAGCAAACCAAUUUAACAUUGUUUGCCUGCAGUCCCUGACUAUUUCACUGCAGGCUAAAGACAUUCAAUUUCAUUGAUUAUCAUUGUUUGAAUGUUUGCUCCCUUUCACAGAGAAAGGUGCGAAAUCUUUUACUUCGUUUAGCAUUUGUUUAAGCACUCUGUAAAACUAUCAGAUCGGGCAGAAAUUCCUGCUGACCAUCUUUGUCUCCCUGGAGCGUAACUAAAUUUAAAAUCCCUCUCCUGAUUUUGUUAACAUCCUCCAGAAACCCCCUCUUUUCUCUCUCCUCUCCUCCAGUGGGAUUAUACAGACGUGACUUAAUAAGACUCGGAGGGAUCAGCACUUGUUAUCUCAUUUGCUCAACAUAUUCAAUGGCGAGCUUAAGAGACAGAGACUCGUGAUUUCAGUCAGAGGUUGAGGAAGAUUUAAGUCACUGUCUUCGUCAAAUGAAAUCAAACAGGACUGAAAAAUCUCUCAUGGGGGCACGUUUUCAAACUCACAGUUCAUGUGGCCUGUAUUUAUAGGGAAUGAGCGAAUCUGUUUUAUACAAUAAAAGUGUCAUCAUCUGUUCUCUGUCAUCCAUAACUUCUUUUGACAUUUCAGCAUCCAACAUUAAGAUGAAAAAUCAGCCUCCACUGUGAGAUCAUGCACAGCUACACAAAAACUGGACAGUGCAGUCCGGCAAUUUGUUGUUUGUCAGCACAACAACAGCUUGUUUCAAAAAUCAACCUGGCAUUAACCUUCAACUUAGCAGUCACAGUAUCACUUUAGCUCACAGUGUGGAUAAGCUUUUUUCCAUUCUGGUGUAUAAAAAUGAGCUUUGUUCAGAGUGCUCUAAGCUCUGGUUCUCCCUGAUUGGUUCACAUUGAUCUGACCAAAUGGCUCUGUGACCCAGCUUGCACAAAACGUAACCGGAGGCCUGUUGUGUGAUAAAGUACAAAAGGCUAAAUAAGGAUACUCAACAGCAGCCAAUUUAAUACCUGGAAUGACUUACAGUAAAUGUUUUUUUUUUUCGGGACCACAAUCCGACACGCACAGACUAAUCUAUCCUGAGCUGUAUUAAGUUGAAUUUCUUUCUAAACUGGUUUUGUUGCUCACUCUUUGACAGAAGUGCUUAGAAAUAAAUUAACUUAAUAGAGAAGUGACAUGACUGUGAGCCUCAGCUUGCUGCGGACAGUGGGGUGUAUUUCAUUGUGCCCAUCUGGCCUGUUUGAAAGUGUUGCUGAGUCUAAGAGAGGCGGUCAGGCAGUAGAACAGAGCGGGUGAUGGAUGGGGUGAUGGAGGCGGGAGGAGGGGAGAAGAGAGAAGAUGAGAGUGCAGAUUUUGGGGGGAUAAAAAGAAGCUCCUUUCCGGCAGAGUUGAAUCUAAGGCUUGGCUGCGGCACACUGCUCUGCCUGUGUUCAUACUGAGCACACUAACUCUGGCUUCAAACCAGCGUCAACCAACCAAUGCCUCCACCCCCCAACUCACCCCCUUUUUCUAUCUCUCUGACGUCUUGGCUCACCCCUUUUCUCCCCCCCUCUUUAUCUCUCUGACUCUCAUUCACUGCCUCUUUUCUUCUUAUAUUCCUCCUACCUUCACUCUCCUCUUUCUCCUCCCCUGUCAGACCUUUUCUCCACUCUUUCCGGUUGUACAGGCGGAUGUGGGAUAGGGCCAGGGCCUCCUCGUUUCCAUAGCGAUACUUUGUAUCCUGAUGUCAUUAGUAUUGACGGUGUGUGCAGCUUGGCCAAGCUGUCCUGGCAAAGAGGCUGUUUACUGUUUACCCCAAACUAAAAUCAUUCACUGGGAGAUUUUUGUACAUGCAUGUGUGAUGUAACAAUUCAGACUUCUUACAUUUUACAUUCAAAGAGAGGUAACAAUGAAUAAAAAGCAUCAAAGACACACAAAAAAAAGUUGUUAUGUAAAAGCUUUUAGUGUGGUAUGCUUCCAGGAGCAGGAUUUGCACCAUAGGGAGAGUCUUAGCAAGGUGGAAAUGUCUCCUUCAAGUAGAAGCAUCCCCUCAGUCUGCCGGCUCUCUGUAUCAUCAGUGAAGCGUGUCUGUAGAGCAGAAACUCUCAGGUCGACUCCCCCCUCCCGCUCCCGCUCCCGCUCCAGCGGCUCCUCUGACUGAGGAGAUGGGCGGCCCCUUAACACCACUCUUCCCAGAAAUGUGUGUUUUUAUGCCCACGUGCAUGACCUCAUACAUCUGUGGAAAACACUUCAGAUCACAGAGCCGCUCCCACAUCUCGUCCUCUGAGUGAGAGGACGAGAUGUGGGUGCUCAGAUCUCUCUGCAGGCCCUCAGCUGGCAGGUUGUGGUCUCAGUGUUGCCAGAGUCAUUAGUUCUGCUUAGGCGUCUUAGACCAUCAGUGGCCAAAUUAUGGAUCCCAUAUUGAUGCAGUCACAUCACAUUCAGGGAAAGCACAUCUAACAUGCUCACUCGGGGCGAAUGCAAAAAUGUGAUACAAAAAUAGAGGACAUCAUCUUCAAGUCAUCCCUUUGUAAUCCUUCAUGUAUGAGCUGAUAGCCAAAGACGGACGAAGGAUGCAGAAAAAAAAGCUUCCCGUAUGGAUUGAAAUCUGAACUGAGACUCACACACACCCAGGAGAGUGCACGCACCCACACAUGCACGCACACACACACAUGCACAGGAAUAAAAAAUACCUUAGUCUCAGAGACAUUUACCCAGUAAACAAAUACCAUAGAGCAGACACUGUAUUACAGUAGAUGUUUGUUUAUGACUGUAUGACAUUACAUAUUCAUAUUCUGUUUAUUUUUCUCCAGGAUAUUUAAAGGGUUUGAGAAUUUUCCCUCCUUUUCCCAAACGCUGAACUUCACACACUUAUUGUUUUAACCACAGGAGAGUUAUUUGCUUUGGUGCAUUUUAUGCAGCUGGCAGGAUAUGUGGGGAACUGAAAGAGAAAAUACAGAGCUUCAAGAGGAUUGCUGUCUUUAUCCCCAGUCCAUGCAACCACAAAGUGAUUCCUUUUUUAAAGUCAGUUCCAGUGUAAGCGAUGGGUGUAAUGAUUUAGGCUCAAUAAGCUUUUUCCUAAAGUUUAGUGAAAGCCCGAAUGAGGCGUCUGCUGUCUGAAAUCUUUCAAAGCUGCUGUCUUUUGCACACUAACUCCUUUGUGCUUAUUGCAGAGUUAGGGAUGAGUUUUUGUCACAGAGGGGUUUCUUUUUACUCUUGAUCUAUCAGCCAGAUUUCUCAAGGACUUGCAUUGGCUGUUUUCCAAUCCACAAGGUUCCAAUUUAGUCCAUGUCUUUAUCGAUUUUAGGGAUAUUUGAGUAACAACAUUGAUUUUGUUUUGAUAUGAAAGAUAUCCUCAGAAGAUCAAUGCUGUUGAUUGUACAAAGGACCUUCAAAGUGAUUGUUUUACAUUGUUUUACCAUGAGCUUGCAAAUCUUGCAAAUUGUUUUGCUUUUGUCUAGUUCAUCUCUGUCUUAACAGUUUUUAAAAACUGAAAUGUAGCUAGAUUUCUGCCUUAAAGUUUGCUGAUGGUGCCUUCAUGCUUGUUUUAGGGUACCAGCCUUUCACAUGACUACAUUUUGUUGAGUAACAGCUGGUCCCAUGAGGUGAGGGGUCACCCACAGGAAAAGUAAAAGAUCUGAUAUCUGAUCAUUAAAAUGAAAAUCAUUUUGUUUCAGGGUUGUUGUUGUUUUUAACUCAGCUUCAUACAUUGCAUGUCCUUGUCCAAACUCUUCAGUGACUAAAAAACUUUUUUGUCUUUUUUUGUGUGUGUAUCUUAUGUGUAACAUGCAAUUUAUUGAAUUAUACUUUAUUUUUUGCUCACAGAUAUUUAUUUGUUUACUGCCUCAUAAGGCCACGAUAUUUUAGUUCUACUCUGUCUUUAAAUGUUUUAUUCCCUGGAGUUUUUUUUUGUCUAUCCAAACAAUACCCAGCCAUUCAGUUUAAUUUUAUCUUAUUCCAACAAAAACAGGAACUCUUGCAGUUUGUCCUAAAUGUAGAUUCAAUUGUGUAUGCCUCUGCAAGAAUGUGUACAAAGGAUUAAACCUUCUGUACCCAAAACUAUUCCCAUAUUUGGUAUGAAAGAUCAUACUCUCCCUAUUAUACAAUAACAAACACACACUGGUUCACAAGGAUGCAGAUAUUUGGGAUGACAACUGGCCCAUGCAAACAUCACUAGGACACACACAAGUAGCUAAUAUACUAUGGUGUGUAUUUGAUAAAUGUUCUGCAGUUUGCAGAUAUAUUUAGCAGGUUAAAUGAUGUAAUACUUCCCUUCGCCAGUUGAUGGUGCUCUAAGAUCAGCUCUGUUAAUGCUGAAGGCAGAUCACUCAUGUUCACAGGCUCAAUUUAGUGUAUAUAGACAGUGUAUACAUACUACAAAACUGUCAUGAUAGAUAGAUAGAUAGAUAGAUAGAUAGAUAGAUAGAUAGAUAGAUAGAUAGAUAGAUAGAUAGAUAGAUAGAAUUUUUAUCAUUUGCACACUUUAUGAUGUACAUUUACAAAGGUGUUUGAUCACUCAAGACUUUUAAAGGUUUAUAAGGAAUAUAAGUUUCCUAUACCCCUUACAUCAUUUCAAAUUAGCUGAGGAAACUGUUCUUGACAGACAUCCAGCAUGAUAAACAGACAGAUGGACAGUCCAUUUUUGCCAGCCUGUCUCCUCACACUUGUGCGUCAGAAACGGCGAAACCCUGAGGCUGCUCUGCCACAGAAAUCCCUCCUGACAGAUCAAUACAGUGAGCAAUAAAAAUUAAUCCCUGUUCAAAUGAGAAACUGACCGGGCAAGCCAAUUGACAUGUUUCUAUUAAAACAAGUGGCAUGAAUUUGUCAGCGCAGUGGUGGGGCCUGAUCCCACCUUAAGCUCGUCUUGAAAUGUGUGUGUUUUUGUGUGUGUUUUUGUGUAGUUGAUAAAAUGGACAGCUUGCCACCCUGUGGGCACCACGACUACAGACUAUCUGUGAUCCACGCUGGCAGCUGCUCUGCCAAAUGGGAUUUUCCUGGAGAUUACAGCCUCUAAGUGUGACACGCUUGCAUGUGUUUGUCUUUGUUGUUGACUGAGUGCGUGUGAGGACUAUUGUAAUAAAGCUGUGUCUCUUCGGAGUGUGCGUCUUAAAGGGUGUGUGUGUUGUUGGGGUCUUGAGCCGAGAUGCACAGAGAACAUGUUCUGCUGUCACAUGGGGCUGGUUGGAUCAUGACUCAAGUCUCUCUGGCAUACUGAACAAGAAAAAGGGAGGGAGUGGGUUCAGAUGUGGGGUCAGGCGUUUUUCCACACUGCUGCGGCUCUUGUGUGACUGUUUAUUUUCUGAAUACAGCGAGAGCCUUUAAACAGUGAUGCACAGGGCCAUGUAACUAUAAGUCCCUGACAUACUAUGACUUUUAGACUUCAAAACAUGAAAAACAUACACAGUUCUAGCGUCAGUGCACCAGUGUAAAUAUCUUAUGUUUUCUAAGAUCAACAGUCUUGGACACAGAGUCAGUUUAUUAUCUUCAAAGAUUAUGAACACCCGGAACCAUUUACAGUAAACAAGCUUGAACCAGUGACAUUUUGAUACUUGUGCUAGCAUCCUGGCUCUAAAGCAGGGGUGGGCAAUCAUGUGCCAUGGAGGGCCGAGAGGCUGCAGGUUUUCUUUCCAGCCCAAAACUCCACCAGGUGAUUUCACUGAUUAGUUCCUGCUCUCUGCUUGGAGGUAAGGUAAUCAGUGAAAUCACCUGGUGGAGUUUUGGGUUGGAAAGAAAACCUGCAGCCUCUCGGCCCUCCAUGGCACAUGAUUGCCCACUCCUGCUCUAGAGAUAGCAAGAGAGAUGGCAGUGUGAUUGAUGUCUGUAAAUUGGUUCAGAUUUUCAUGGGACCCAGAUGAUGAACUCUCAAAGAUCCCCUGACUUUCAUAUAAAAAAGAUGGAGGUGUUUUUUUACCUUUAAAAAAUUACCUCUGCAAAUACCUUCUAGGGUUUAACAUUUUUUGAUUAACGUUCAUAGUUUGUACAGGGUGAGGUCUACUAAUUUUGACUACUCCUGCUGUACCAGUAUGAUGAUUUCCAAACAAUAUAGUUCCCUGUAUCUGUCAAAAUGUGAGUGAUCACUUCUUUUUUACCUCAGCCCUUUUUUAGCCAGUUAAACUUUCAAUGUGUUCAAUUCUUUAUCCUGAGUCCAUAUGUAAAACAAGUUUAAGUUACGCUUGUAACACAGGGUUGAUUAAUAAUGUUCUUAAACUUGCAGCUGAUUCUGGACCACACAGAAUCCUCAUACAAAACUGCACCAACAUUUAGUCUUAAAUUUCUUGUAUUUAUUUAGCUUUUAAUGAUCAGUCUGUACAUUGCAAUAAAACAGUCUUGGCUUCUGUUGAUUUAAUGUUCAUGUAAUGAUUCAUCAUUGGUGUAUGAAGCAGCUCCAUGGUUGGUCACUAGAUGACACCAUCAUUACAAAUUUUCUCUCUGAGUCACUUUUUUUUUUUCAUAGCUGAGUUAAAUAACCAGAUCUGACUGUCCCCUCUAAGGGUGAAUUUUCUCUGUAACCCAUCCCAGAGAUGUUUGGGUUUUUUUUUUGUUUGCCUCAGCGUCUGCUCUGUGAGGAGCUGUCCGUGGUACUGAGCAUAAGCCGUGCAUGCAUGGCUCUUCGCUCAUGUGUGGGGAGGUGGCUUUGUAGUCACUCGCUAACCUGCUUAACCUACUUUCUACUCGCCGCUCUGUCAUCUGUCCGCACAGAGGAAAGUGCUGUAGGAUAUAUAUAGAGGACUUAACAACACACACUGUGUUCAUCCAUGGUUUUCUAGUAAAUCAAAUGCUGCCAUGCCUUGUUGUUUGACUUGUUUCCUCACCCUCAAUGCAUCACUGAUCAUUUCCCUUAAUGAAAUCCAGCGUCACUCCCAACAUGAACUCCUCAUGUUCGGCCCAUUAACCCAACUGGUAGAGAACGUGUUGGGACGCGCCUGAACCAUUAUUGAGAUGAAUAUGAGCAAAAUAAUGACAUUUUAAGAUCUUAAUUGUCCAAUUAUGUAGACAGCUGUUGUGCUGCAUUGCAAUGCCAGUUCAAUUGCUGUUUCCUAGCAACCAGAGAGGUACAAUGCAAUGAUUUUCUGUUAAGUGGCGUCAUUUUCUCCCAGCAAGACCAGAGUGUAUGUUCAGAAAACAAAUUUAAAUCUGCAGCGUGUGCAUGCUUUUUCACCUUCAGGCAAACAUGUUUUGCACUUCCCGGCUUAAAUCUUUUUAAUUCAGGACUAAAAACUUAAAAAUGCAGGUGUGUAUGAGUGUGUGUAUGCGUGUUUUUAAGUUUGCUUAUGGGUUAUGUGUGCAUCUGUUCAGCCUUGAGCCAACCCCUUAGAAAAACUGCAUUUCUGCAAAAAUACAAAACAAAAAAAAUAAUAAUUAUAAUAGUUUCGCUUGAUUAAUUUUCACCCAAAACGCACCAUCCUGAGCUAAUCACUGUACAUGCAUUCUUUUCAAUUAAUACAUUAUCAGGGGAGCUAGAGGGAGGGGUGGGCUGGAUGGUUGGGGGAGGGGAAAGGAGAGUCAAGGGGGGAAACAGAAAAUCCAAUCCUGCUGGUCUGAAGUCUCGGAGCAAUGGAGCAUUAGUCUCUUCUCGAUGUAAUUGGAAUGACACCAAGAGUAAAGCUGGCUGAUUUAGGGACAGCCUCUAGGCUUGAUUUAAUGCCCCCUACCAAAACUAUACAUUCAUCUUUUUAUCUUUUUUCAUUCACUCGCCCAGGCUCUCCUGCGUUUUCCUCCCCCACCCUGCAUCACGCUUCACCCACUCACCACCAGCCACAGACAUGUAUCUCCAUCUGUACUCUAUUAACAGAGCAGAAGCUGCUUUUUUAUUACAUUCUAAGCCAGGAGGUUAAAAAAGGAAGUCAAGUUUUCUAACAGUGCUUGAAUUAUUCUGGCGUUCUUCUACUCACUCUUUGUGGCAUUUACACACUUAUAACGUGCUGUAUUCUCACAGAUGUUAUGUUAAAACACUUAAAUGUCUAAGAGCAUAGACAGGGCAGACUAAGCAGGUGUAUCCAGGCCAGGGAGCUGUGUCUCCGUGGUUUGCUGCUGCUCAGUCCUCUGACAGAUGGACUACCAGGGCAAUCCUAUUACCCCCCAUGUGUUUAGCUGCUCUUAAUACUGGAGUGGGAUGCAUGGCUAAUGGAAGACAAUGAAUGUUUGGAGAGAGAAGCUCAGGCUACUGCAUGAUAAUUAUCCUGAUUUGUUUAUAAACACGAAGGAGACUGACGCCAGCAAAAAUAAUGUUGAGUAAUUUGGUAGUAAUCGUUGUAACAGCUAGUACUGUAUUAUAAAAAAAAAGCUUCACUGUAUUAAAUUCAAACAGUAGGAAAAGCUUUCUUGGGCAAAGUUCAAAAGGAUGUUUUGGUGAAGUCCGGUCAUGACGUUUAACCCUUUAGGCUCACGAUACUGGAAACACUGAUGCACAUCAUGCCUGACUGAGACGUUAGGUAAUCCAAAGUAAAAGACUGCUCCAGGAUGCACUAUUAGGCGUACUUUUUUUUUGUAUCAGGUAUAGUUGUGCCCAUUAAAAUGUAACUCCAUUGUAUUAAACUUUGUCUCCAUGCUAUGAGCUAGUACACGUGUGUUUACUGUUACUUUUUCAUUUAAUUUUGGUGGUUAUUCCUUUAAAACCACCACUGCACAUUAUAGUGGGAAAUCAAAUCUAGUUUAAUAAUAAUAUAUAUUUUGAAUCCCCUAAGUGGUGAGGCUCAGGGGAAGCAAUGUUGGACAAUUGGGCCACACAACAUUUUUGUCCAGACUGAAAUGUUUUCGCUCUAUUAUUGAAUGGAUUACCAUCAAAAUGUUGCACAAUAAGUCAUGUUUGACAGAAAAAAGAGGCAUUUUAACAGACUUCUCUACUGGCUGCACCAUGAGGCAACCAUGCUGGCUUUGUUGAAGUACUAACCAAACUAUAUGCUACAAAAAAAUACUGAGAUUAUCUUCCUGCCCAGAACAAUGAAUGACUUUGGUAAUGCCCAGAUGUGUCUUCUACACCUUUUUAAAAACAUUUAAUGGUAGGUAGAUGACAAAGCAGUCGGAGUAAAUACACAACUUGCCAGCAAUGACAGUAAACAGGUUAAGCAGUUGUUCUUAGAGCAAAAAUGCAUCAUAUUAGCAGAGAUUUGAUGGCAGUGAACUGACUACUAUUAAACUUCAGAUAAUGUAAACAAACAUAAACAGAUAUCUGCAUGAACUCCAACGCUAACUCCUGUCCUGUCCUCUGGUCCCCCUUAGCUGAACCUAUUUGUGGCAAUUAUGAAAUUGAUCAAACUAGACUGUGGGAGAGCUUAAGCAUGAAAAAUCCUGUUAAUUAGAUUAAUAUUUCUGCACUAAAGGUUGUUCUUUCAGCUAAGCAGACUAUAUUUCUUAAAGAUAUCUCAGUAACAGUAACUCUUUGUCUAAGGUUUUAAGUGCUUGUUUAUAUGAUAAUUAAAGUGAUUUUAUGGCUGUGUGGAUGUUUUUGUUACACCGAUAUGUGACUUUAAAGAUUUCCUCCAUUAGUUUGAGGGUGACCCCUUCUAGAAGAUAAUUAAUGUAGAUGCUACAGGGGGAUGUAGGGGGUAUUAUUUUAUUCAGAGCAGAUAUUUUGGAGAGCCAGUCAUGGUGGAAAUUAUUUUGUCUAGAGGUAUUUGGUAUCAUUUCAUGGUUUUUUGUCCUGAUUUUCUAUUUCAGUUUGAUUUAAGUGCUACAGAUGUAGGUUUUGAACUGUUUUGAAGGCAAACAAUAAAUUAAUUGCUGUCUGAAAGUUAAUCCAAUUUUUUUUGCACAAUUAUAAAUUUCCACUUCAAGCUGUUCCAUUAUUCAUACCUAUUCAGUCUCGAAAUAUGAUAAUCAAUAUGAGUCUUAAAUCCAGUUUGCAUUGAUUUAUCUUAAGCUGAUAUUUGUUAGAUUAACUGCAUCAAAAUAAUCAAUAUUUCCCCCUAUUUAUGUUAGAUGUUUUCUAUUGAUCAAGGCAGCAGUGAUUGCAAUCACAAGAUAUGGAGGAACUCUACUAAAGGUGUAUGAUUGUACUGUGGAGCUGGUGGUGCAGCCAUGAAUCUAUACCUCUGUGUACAUGUAUGUGCAUGUAUGGUGCUUGGUAUGCAGACAGUGUCUCUGCCGCCUGUAGCCUCACGCCGGCCUCCCUGGGUCAAACAAUUACCACACAUCAAGGAAAGCAAUUGGGCAUGACUAAAAUAUCAUCGCUGUGUGAUUGUGUCCCUAUGUUUGGGCUGCUCGGGCCUAAUUUAACCCACUUUGUCCGUACGUUCGAGGAGAAUUGAGGACACGCUCUGCAAUUCCCGGGGCCCCCCGAGCAUAUCCUACAAGUCUGACACACAGCAGCUGGGUUUGUAGACACGCUGUCACAGGUCUCUUACCCAGCUGAGUGGGAGAUGGGGAGUAAUGAGCAAGAGAAGUGAGGAAGCAGAGGAGAAAAGAGGCUGGAGGUAGAAGUGUGGAGCGUUAAAUUUCCGUGAGGGGGCAGAAACUUGAGGCGUGUUGACGAGAGGUCUGGAAAAUAUGUGUAUAGACCUGGAAUCCAAUUUUAGGUUUCAGACUGCUUCUAUUUGAGAGCCAAUGAGGGCUGCUGCCCCCAAAUCAACAAACUCAGUUUUUAUUUGUACAGCCCCACGCCACAUUAGAAAUUAACUCUGGUAACUCUGGUAACACAAAUCCACCAUGAGAAUGAAUAUGGCUCAGUUUAAAUAAAAAUCCUUUUGACAGGCAGAAACCUUGAUCAGAACCAGACUCAUUGAUGCACAGCCAUCUGCUGUGACUGAACGGACGAAGACAGGAGAAAAAAAAAAAAAAAGCUGCUGAGAUGCUUCUCACUGGACCCAUUUUGACUAAGUUGGAGAGAAAGGGUGGAUAAGGGGAGAGGAGAGUGGCAUAUAUGCACAGGGAUUGGGACAGGGGCAGGCAGAGAGAUGGUGGAUGUUAUUAGCGGUGCUGCAUUGAUCCCAAGCGCUGGCUCCAAGCAGCAUUCUCCACUUAUUCCUUCAUUAUACAGUCAAAUAUUUCUGUGCCUCUAAGUACCCAACCUACCCUUCAUCUAUCUGUGCCCCCCUCCUCACCCUCUGACAAAAUCUGACAAACCUGAAUCUCUCAUCCAUGCUGCUCCACUCUACUAAAUCCAUUGUUUCUUUCACUGAUUCCAUUUCAAUUUCAUUUUUUUGGUCUUGCUGCUCAGCUGUAACUUAGCCCAAGUCUUUGUGCUCCUUUUGUGCUCACAGACCCUGUUUAAAUAUUGAUAGAGAUUGGAAGCACCGCUGACUACUCAGCCGGGGUCAAGGAUGGCAGAGUUUUCGUGCCGAUUUCAUUAAGGAAGCAGAUGACUGUAAAUAUGAAAGCAUGAGAGUCACGGGCCUUCAACGACCGCUCCAGCAGCCUUCAUUAUCCCCCUGCGUGGCUAACGCCCUGUAAUGUAUUCCAAUGGAGAUGAAGGUUGGAGGGUGAUGGGGUGUAAAAUAGCAUGUGUAGGAAGGCCCCUGCUUUCUUUACGCUAUGAACAGCAUGCAUCUCUCACAGCCAGAUCCCCAUUAGUACAGGAGCAGAGGAUUGGGUGUGCAAAUGGUCGCAUGGAUUAGAGAGCUAAUGCAUUUAGGAGAGGGGGCUCCACCAUCUCUUUAUUGCUGCUGUGCAUGUGUGUGUGCGUGUGUGAGCAUGUAUUUGUGUGUGUGUCAAAUCUCGCAAGAGGGGAGAUAUCCAGUCCCUUUGUGGAGCUGAGGAGAUUUAGAGUAAAGUGAGUAGAUAAGGGCAGGGAUGCACACACUGAUGCAACACACACUCAUCAAAGAUUAUGCUUUGACCAGAAGUAGAAAGCUGGUAGUGUGUUAAACUCAAGCAUGGAAAUGAGAUCUUUCCUGAAAGAGGCACAGACGGCGGCCCUACUAAUCUAAUUAAUCAGCGUCUGGGUUUUUUUUUUUCUACAUUUUCUUCUGCCCUCUUUUCAGGCACUCUUUAUAUCUAUCUCAACCCAUCUCUGCUUCUCUGCAGUUUGGAUUUCUCUGAAUCUGAACUUUUCCCCCUCUGUCAAGUGUUGAUCCUACAGCAGAACUUAUAAAGCCUCUGCUGUCUCUUCCUAGUAUGCAUACCAAGCACAGGUCCAGAGAGGAAAGCACAAACGCAUAGAUGCCUCUGCAGUAGCAUGCAGGUAUGGUGAUGGUGGUGCAGGAUCUAGCUGGCUUAAGAGGCAACCUGCUACUAGGCCAUAAAGCAGAUGUCGACAUUUAGACGCACGAACCAAGUCAUCAAGCUGUGAGCAGACAAGAGUUUAACCCCCCUGUCUGUGCUGCUGCUGCUGGUGGUUCGAGAGAGCGUCACAUUUGCUGCUCGUGUGCUGUUUUAAAGAGCCAGGCAGCAGUAUGGGAGGGGCCCCGCUUUGCUGAAGCGCAGCAGCAGCAGCAGCAGCGCGGUGGGUAACUACAGCAGAGCUCUGCGCAGUGAGUCAGCUGAGGGAUCACAGGCGCCGGUGACUGAAUGAAUGAAGACAAGAGAGGAAGAGGAGAACACCGCAGGAUCGAGAAAGAGAAAUGCGAUUCUAUACAGCUCUGUUGAGGAGAGUCUAACGCGGAAACACUGAAGUGAUCGGAGCAAGCUUGUUGACGCAUAAUCCCACCCGCCCCGCCGGCACUGGGAGGGGGCAAAUCUAGCCUUCCUAAACUCCAAUCCUGCCAAAGAGAUUUACGGAGAGCGCUGUUUCUACUGCUGCAGGUUCAGACACCUGCGAAAAAACAUUUCAUGUGACCCUUUUCUGAUAUUUUUGGGAGAUACUCGAUGAUGUCUUUGGAUCCAGAGGAGCUGACACGCGCGUAAUUGGACUGUUAAACCCCCUGUUGGAUUUGGCACUGUCACUGCGCCGCGGACAGCGCGUGGUUGGAUACGUCCUGAGGGGUGGACAGGACCUCAUCAUCAUCAUCAUCAUCGUAGCAGGUAUUUGAUCGCGAUUGUGUAGCUUCUACUGGAGAUUUGGAGCCAUGACAGGCCCCCCGCUGGUCCCACAGCCCGCCUGCUGACGGUACCGGGCAGGAUGGGAGCAGGUCUGCCGCGUUCAGGAUCCCGAAGCAGCCGAUUCAUCAAUGGAGGAGGAGAGUGACACCCGGAAAAUCAACAACAGCUUCCUUCGCGACCACAACUAUGCAACGGAAGGUAUUCAAAGCCAUGAUGUUGAUGAAAAAAAAAGGUGGAGGAAGAAACCUGAGGCUGUAGCGAGAGGGAUGCUUAUUUCAGUGAUAAAAUACAAGUCACAGUAUAGGAAUAACAAAGGAAAAAGAAACAAGAACAAGACAGAUGCCACAGAAAAUUUGAUUAACUUUAAACCCCUCCUUAGUUGGAAAUAAAUAUCCUUACGUAAGGUUUUCCUGUGAUGCUUUUAGGUCAGUAUAAAUAUAUAUUAAGUCACAUUUAAUCUCAUUAGAUAGGAAAUGAGAUGUUCAAGAGGUAGAGGAGGAAAAUUCUGGUCAUUUCUCGCAUGUCGGCUGGUGGUAUCAAUGGCAGAGGAUGAUGAGGUGGCUUCCCAUCAUACCUGCUAUUUCAGGAUGACAAUCAUUUUCGAAGGGAAUGAGGAUUUAAUCUGUAUUACAGGCAGCAGUGGAAUAAAAACCUCUCCCAUUGUCUACAGUGAACAUGUGAUGCAGUAAAAAUGAUAAAUUAAUGAUGAUACAGAUUUUUUUUGUCUCACUGGAGAGGAGCUCGUUGAAAUAAUUGAACAGGGAUAGAGAAGGUGCCCCAAUUUUCAGAGGAAAUCUGGACCUCUCACUCUCUUCUACACACACAAACUGAGUGCAUCUUUACUGUAUAAUCAAAGCUUUAAACAAAAGCUUUUUUCCCUCUGCUUCACAGCUACAAAUGCAUCUCUUACACAUGUGUAUCAGCCUGUGUGUGUGUGUGUGUUUCCUCCUCAUUGACCACACACAUCACCCUCUUGAUUAUCAGCCUGUUAACUGUUUGAUGCUUAAUAGUUCCCCGAUGCUCCACCAAUCAGCUGCACCUGUCCUCUGCAAGCUGCUUAGCCCAUUGAUCAACAUAAAACAUUGAUUUACAGGUAAAAGCCUCUAUUAAUCUCAUUACCAGCUCGGGUCCUCAGUUCAGUGAUUAUGCAGAUCGGUUAUGGACGUUUACUGCUGUGUUGAUAUCAAAGAGAUAAUAAAACUACCGGGGGCUUUAUGGUGGAGCCGUUUGGACUGAUUAGUUUUAUACAGACUGAACACAACCCUAUUAUGUGAUGCUGUAAUGUAGCAUGACACAGGGCCUAUAAAAUCGAUCUAAACGUUGAAACUUUACAUCACACAAGAGUCUGGUCAAAGGUAUUUGUGAUAGUUUCUUGCAAAUAACUGAUAAUAAGGUGUUUGGAGUGAGUACAGUCAGUGUUCUUGUUUUUCAGUCACGAAAAUAGUCUCUGCAGCACAAGGGAAAGCUUUCACAACAUAUUUUACUACCCACUCACCAUGAGAUUUGAAAAUAGAACAAACAGGACAGAAAACAUGAAAUAUAAUCAUCUCUAUUAAAUCAUCUACAGUACACAAGAGGUAGAGGGAUAUGGGGGGUGUGGAGAGGUUUUUGGAGGGUAUAUGUGGCUCCAGGGUGGGUCAGAGCCACCAUGAGCUCAGGUUACAAAAGCCACUGCAGGUUGGAAAAGAGACAAAGUCGAGGCUUUGCAGGCAGAUUGUCCUCGGUCUGCUUUUCUCUUUGUUUUUAAUUUAAACAUAGGAGAGCUUCAUCAUUCACUUUACUCCUACACUAACAGAUGAUUCUCUGUCACUCUUAAACACACACUUGCUGGUUCAGAGCAGGAGAAGUGAAGUGAAGGAGUGGGGGGAGGACGUGAUGGAUAUCUUUGUUUGAUGUGUGUGCUGAGAUGAAAAACAGGAGGGGAUCUUCUGUCUUGAAGCUCCACUCUGUUUCACUGUGUGACUCUGUCACAUUCAGUGGAUCAGGAGAGCGAGUGAGCAAGCGAAGAGUCACAGAGACAGAGGGUGUAAAACAUGUCUGUCUGCUCUGCUGCCCAUCUGUGCUUUCCAAACAAGAAGGGGCUACUUUUGUUAUUUUUUAUGGCUUUAAUUUAUGACUGACCGUCACAGCUCAUCUAUCAUGAAUGAGAUGUGUGCGUGCGUGUGCAUGUGUGUGUGUGUGUGUGCGACUCACUCUCUCAAUCCUUGUCUCCUAAGUGGUGUGAAGCCAGUCUGAAGCCAAAGAUCACACAGGCCGCUGUCUGGGUCUAUCUCUGGUCCUCAUAAAUUGAGCAAAGUGCACAUGUUUCAAUGGGCCCAGUCUGUUCAGACCACACACACAUAGACACACACGCAUGCACACACACACACUCACACACACAUAGACACAGUCAGGUCCCUGGUUGGGAUUCCCCUCAGGCCGUGCUUGCCCAUCACGGCAGGACACUUUAAUGAUGUCACAUUUUAAUGAUGUCACUCACACCGACCUUUGGCUUGCACCAAUCCCACGCCUCAGUGGGUCUGUGGGCGGGAACAUUGACCCACUGUGUGAGCAUGUACGUAAAUUACAUGCACAUGUAGUUAGAAACUCCUUUUCUGUCAUUAAAUUCCAAUUAAUUGUUUUACUUAUUUUCUCGUCGAGAGAAAGAAAUCAGAAUCUGAUUUGUAUCCACCACCAGAUGACAUGGGGAUCAUGUUACAAGGAUGGAUGAGUCGUGUCUCACUGCAGUUGUGCAUAAUAGUGUGUGCUGAGGCAAUGAACUGUUACGCUCUUACAACAUCAGCCUAGGCUAAUUUUCCUGCUUUGCUUCUUCGCUGUUCCCAUAGUGGAAGAAAUCGUCAAAUAGCAGAACACCUCACUGUGUGUAAAAAUGUAAAUAGCUCCCCUGCUGUGAGGCAGGACCUCACCUAAUGUCUGCCGUUGUAUUGAUUUCUGCUCUUUUACAAUUUAGCCACCGGAACAAUGACCUAAAGAUCUAUUGGUGGGACAUGUAAUCCUUUUUUUUCUGUCUCUCCACCGCCCACUCUUUCUCUCUCUCUCUCUCUGCUGCGUACACGUCUGUCUGAUGUGAGUACAAGCUUGUGUAUGAUGUGACCCCUCCAGCCCUGCUGAAUACUGAUGCAGGCCUGUAACAUGGAGCUCACGGCCUUUAUUGCAGCUGCUGAUGAGAGUUGAGCCUGUGCCAAGUCAAACGGCCUGGGGCCACACUUUAGGACCCCGGUACUAAAAAAGACUUAGCCCACCAUACCCGUAGGACCCAUUCAUUAUUCACCGCAAAACACUCAAAACCCAGAGCUGCGUGGCCACAUAGCAAAAGAAGGAUAUUGUCUGUGUAUGAGUGUGUAUGGGGAUUGUGUGGGGGUGGUGGGUGCUUAAUGGCAAGCUGUGAAGUUGGGGCGAGUCACACUCCUUAUUCAGCAGCUGCUUUCAUCCCCUGAUUAGCUUCUUAUUAAGUCUGCAGCUCCAUGAAAUUUUAAUGAGAAUUAUUAAAGAAAACCGGCAGAGUAGCUACUGUAGGAUGAUUACAACUACAAUCUUAUUUCUCGACUGACUUCCUGGUCAGGCGCCGCUGUGAUAGAUGUCCUGUAUGAGAGUCACUGGGUGCACCGCUAGCCUGAAGGCUAAGCAGUGUUUGACCUUUCUGGACUCUGUAAUGGGCUACAUUUGUAAGUUUUGAAAGCUAAUUCCUGCGUCCUGUCGAGGAAGAAACGUCACUCUAGGGGCCUUUCAUGUUUUUGGUGAUAAGGUCGCUGUAGAAGGAGGAUUUCAUUCUGUACUGAUGCCAUCUAAUCUCUGAUUCACCCCAGCCUUGAAAACAGGAACAUAAAAGAGAUUGCACCAAAGCAGCACAGACAGGCACAUCGAGAGGGAGAGACAGCUUUUGUUUUGUUGUGUUGGAUUAUAAUUCAACGCGCCCCCGCUCCCCCACCAUCCCCCUCCUUCAUCUUCAAUUUCUAAGAGAAUACCAAAUAACGAGCAUUUGGAAUCACUCCUCUUGGUAUUCAUGUUAGCAGAGGCAGGAAUUGAUCGCUGAUUCCACCUCUUUCCCCACUUCUUCGUCCGUCUUUCUGGUGUUUCUUCGCCCUGCCCUGUGUUGUGUCUGCAGUUCGAUGUGUGCAACGGUGAAGUGUUAAUGAAGUGUGAGAAGUGCAGCAGUAACACGUCUCGCCCAUUUCACCCUCGACUCCCCUGUGGGUGAGUGUGGGGAUACAGAGGGGAGCGCACACACCAAAAAAAAAAAAAAAAAAAAAAAGGUUCACACACACACACAUACUCGUAUACACACUCUGUUUCACUCUCAAGGGGCUGAUCCUGCAGAAACCAGGUUAAUUAGCUUGUUCACUCCAGAUCUUACAAAGAGUCGUGCUCUUCAGAUGUAGAGAGCUGCAUUGUGCUCUGUUGCUUUGUGUGCAGCUAAUAAAGCUUAAUAAAGCCUUAAUCAUAUGGCUGGGUACCAGACCAGCAGGUAGCAGGGUGUAUUCAAAAUUCUGAUUGAUCUCUUUUGUUGCCGGUUGAGAAGUGAAGCCGUAAUCAGCAGCUGAGGAAUUGUGAGGAGAUUUUACGUCAAGAAUUUGUGCUUUUGAAUAUGUUUGUUUGAAAUUAAAAAAAAAAAGGGGAGGGGCGCAGAUCGCUCGAUUUUGUUGAUUAUCAUCGAAAGAGAGUGCUGAAGCAGACCUGAUUUAUUCCCCAGCCUGAUCCUUUGACGCAGGCAGUUCAGGCACAAGAGCAGUAAUCCUCUCCUCUGAAUGUCUAACAAAGCACCUACACGACACCAUGUUGCUAACAUCCCUCCCUCUAUACCUGGUAUUACUCUACAGCACUUACGCAACUUGCUUUCCAGGCAGUCACACCAUUUUGGGUUUGUCUGUCUUACACAACCUUGCAGUGCCACAGGAUCAAGCCUCUCUUGGUUUUGUUUUUUCCUUUCUCAGCCCUGACAGGAUUACAUGUUGUCUAGAGGUUAGCCAGGGUGCUCCUAUUUUUGUCGUCGCCUGUGCUGAGAAGGAGACUCUCUGUACAAUCUUUUAUUGACCUACUUAGAGCAAACAAUCCUCCCCGAACAGACUUUCCCCCCAUCUCUUGUUUCUUUUAGUGGCCCUCUCUGUUGUGCGUGAUAGAUGUCGCAUGCUUGGACGUCUAUAAAUACAUUCAAUAUCCUCCCUCCCCUGCCUACGCUCCUGGCUCCUCGUGCCGCGUUUUCAGUCCAGAAUCAAUGCAUAUCUAUGUUUCCAUCCAAUCAGCCGGACUCAUGAUACUAUAUUGUGUGCUGAAGGGAGGGUUACUGAGGUUCAGAUUGAAUAAAACCAGAUAAGAGCUGAGCACAUUCCUGUUUUAUACUGUAACAUACACAUCCUAACAGGCUUGUGUGUUAUUACUGGUGAUGGAUGUGUGUUAUCUCUCUGAUGUAUCAAGAAGCUGCUGACCUGUCUGUGUCAGACCUGGCUGGCCAUGGGAUUUAUGAGCUUCAUUUCGUUAUGGUCCACUGAUGAAGCUGUGCGUGUGAGAGAGUGAGAGAGAGAGGGGGGAGUGUGUGUGUGUGUGUGUGUGUAUAAGUACACAUUUGAUUAGCCGAAUCAUCAGGCUGCUGCUAAUUCCUGUCCUCCUUGAACCUGCUGAUGCUCAUGUAAUAAAAUCUGAUCUGACACAAGCGGAAAACAUCCCUGAGACUCCGCCCACCUGCAACUCAGCUGCUAAUCAAUUUGUUUCCUAUAAUAGAAAUUUUAUCUUUGGUAACUGCAUGCUGGGAUUCAAAUAGAGUCCAUCAGUGUCAGAAUAGAUUGCCUCAUCAGGUUUGAAUAUAUUUGCAUGAAGAAAAACUCAUUUGGGGAAGCAUUCCAUCAUGUAACUCUGAGUUUCUGCUUCGUUGCGUCUCGCCAAUUCUUCAUUCACCAAGAUGAUUGAAGGAUGUAUCCGUGUGUAAACUCGUUAAACGGCACCCAUCAAUUACUGUUUCUCCUCAGUGAGUUGAUGAGAUGAUGAUGAGGGAAGAAGAGAGGAGAGGAGAAGGGGGGGAGAGAAGAGAGAAAGUGAAGAGUAUGAAGGACGAAAUGAAAAAGAGAGAAAAGCUUUGAUUUGAGAGAGCUGACCUCAAAGCCGAUUCACUCCAGUAGUUUUAGCUUGAUGGUUCGAGGGAAGACAGAACUGUGUGUGUGUGUGUGUGUGUGUGUGUGUGUGUGUGUGUGUGUGUGUAAGAACCUCUAUGCAUGCACAAUGUGGCAGAUUCAAAAAGGGCUGAUAACUCCAGAUUUUUGCCGGCACGCCUGCGAGUGUGUAUACAUGACAGCAAUAUGGUGUGUCAGUGGGGUUCUCUCAGGAUGUAAUUAGGUCAGAGUGUGUCUUCCCUGAAACAUUAUUAGCUUCUAGAUUUAAAUACGAUUAGGAUCUGCCUGCCCCCUCCUACCUUGUGUCAUUAUCGGCACACGGCCAUGAGAAUCCCUCUGGUGUCGUUCCUCAAUGUAGCUACUCUGUUCCGAUCAAAUAAAACAAGUAGAGGACACACACACACGCACACAUACGUUUGGAGGCAUGCCGCUUUGUCGUUUCCACAGCUGUAUGUGAGGGAAAGAACCCCCCUGUGUCUGCAGGGACUCUAUUGUCUGAAGUUGUGUGCUGCUGCAUUGAACUGCACACACUCCCCCAGAUGCAGUAGCAGGUUUUCACUCUAUUGCAGCACUCUCUCUGUCUGCUGAAUUACAGCUAGCAUCAGCAACUAAAGUCUGAGAGCUAUUGGCACACACACACACACACACACUGCAUACACCCCUCUGACUGCCGCUAGAGAUGGAAACGGUCUCCAUAGCAACAUUCCCCUCUCCUGUUCAGUGCUCUGCCAGUAGCAGGUCCACAGAGGGCGUGGGGGGUACAAAACAACAAGCGUUCACUCGUUCCCUCUCUUACUGCCUAAUAUAUUGUCACUGUUAAACUGAGGACUAGCCUCUCCUGUAGUGUGUGUUUUUCUAUGAGUGUGUGUGUGUGAGACAGACAGACAUUAUGCUGUGCCAUUUUAGCCUGGGGCUGUGUAUUAAUUACAGUCACCAUUAGCCUCUCCUAAAUCCAUGCAGAUGUAUGUCUUUGAGGAGGAGAGGAAAAGCUACCUUAAGGGUAGGUGCCUGUUAUUUACUUCUGGGGAACUGUAGCCAUAAAGAAAGAAAGAAAUGAUGGAAAUGGAGAGUAUUUGUGUCUUACAUGUUGUUAUCCUGCUGAUGCACUGCAGAGAUUUGGAGUUAAAGAGUCUCCCGCACAUCCACGGACAAAUGUCUGCAGCAUGGUUUAACAGGUUACAGCUGUUUUUUAAUGAAGAAGCAGGAGAGCCACUGAGCAGCACGGGGUCCUGCUGCCAGGAGGAGAGAGGUGAACUGCAUUAUUAGUGCAGCCAUAGAGACUCUUAGAGAAGAAGGAGUGCAAUUACGUGACACAGAUUGUCUCACUUCACUCAGACAAUUAGUUGAUAUCAUGCAGUGACUCAUGCAAUGGCUCCUUCUAACCUAUAUUUCACCAAGCGAGGGUGCGUCCACUGCAGUUUCAUCGUGAGGUUCCCUUUCCCCUCCUUUCCUCUGACAUGUUUUCUCAAAGUGUCUCCUCCAGAUCUCACUGAAAAGGUCUUUCAUUUGUCUGACUGAUACCUUGACAGCUGCGUGCACGUCCACACUGACAUUUUCUCCCCCCCCCCCUCUCUUUCCUACUGUGUUGCAGCUGACAUUAUCUCAACGGUGGAGUUUAACUCAUCAGGGGAGCUGUUGGCCACCGGGGAUAAAGGAGGCAGAGUGGUUGUCUUCCAGAGGGAGCAGGAGGUAGGAAAUGCCAACAAUGCAAUGCUAAUUAUGCUGCCCUUCUGCUUAGAGGAUUUGACAGCCUUGAAACAACCAAGAUUGUUUGUUUUUAGAUAACUAGCUUGAGAGAGGGUGUAAUUAAAAAAAGAUUGUGAAUGAAAAAUCAUCAGUGAAUAUCUUGGCUCCACAAAAGAGCAGUAUUUUAGCUGUCAUUUCAAACUUGUGUUUCAUGGAGAAGCAUAGUUGACAACUACAAGUGUUUUUCUGAAUGCCUCUUAAAAUGUCAUGGUUACCAUUUACACCGAAACCCUCUUCCUUGAUGGCAGAUUGCGCAAACAAAUUCUGUUGUAUGUACAGCAUGCAAGGACAAUGAAGGCUAUUCUACUCUAUUCUCAGUCUCAGAAACAAAUGUGCCAGUGCUGCCCUGUUUACCUCAUUAUUGUAACAUUUUAUGCCAAGGAGAAGCAUUAAAAAUAGUCAAUAUAAAAAGCAUACUGAUACAGUAAUGUGCCAGAGCAAGCACAGCACCGUCCUAUGUGUAAAAUAAGUCUUUCUAUAUCAUAUUAACAAGAGUAAACAGCCAUGCAAGCACCUAUGAAUAACUUACUCAAGGUGCUGUGUUGAUUAAUUUGCUGAUAGGUCAGAAAUGUAUGCUAAGAAUGUUAAAUAGAAUGAAAAUAUGUUAGCUUGGUUCAGUAUUACACUGAAAAAGCACGGCAGGGAUACAGCUAAAAAUCUCCCUACCUAAAGAAAGAAAUAAGAAAUGACAUUAUGUUUUAAAUACAUAAAUGUUUUAUACAGGUCAUGUGAAGUUAGCUUUUAUACCUUUGGAGAGAAUCAGGCUGUUGUUUUGUCUUCUUGGGGGGCUUUAUGCUAUGCCAGGCUAACAAUGACAAUCCUCUUUUUGAGCUGUAUGCUAACUACAGCAUGCUCUUAGCAUCAGAAGUAACAUGCUAAUGUUAAUCCAGUAAAAUGUUUACCAUGUUUAUUGUGUCCAGAGUUGCAUGUUUGCAUGCUUACUUUCUCAAAUAAUCCCCAAAGUAAAAAUGAAGCUGUGGCAGAUACUGUAUCUACACAUCAGAUUUAAAAGCAAAUAUGAAACAGGUUUAGGUUGUGAAAAAACGAAGUUGAAAAUCUGAGUUAGUUUUAUAGCAAUGCUUUUCAGAUAUUUCAGUCAGGAUUGACUUGCAACAGGCAGCCAUAACCACCCACUGUUGGCAUGGCAGUUUUUAAAGCUACAUAAGGGGCAUGUAGUCAUCUUCUGUCUAUUUUUUUUAAAUUCUUUCUUUCUCUUGCAGAGUAAGAGUCAACCCCAGCGUCGAGGAGAGUACAAUGUUUACAGCACAUUUCAGAGCCACGAGCCGGAGUUUGACUAUCUAAAAAGUUUGGAAAUUGAGGAGAAGAUCAACAAGAUCAAAUGGCUUCCUCAGCAGAAUGCCGCCUACUUCUUGCUCUCCACCAACGGUUAGUAAGUCAUCUUAGUCGAACGUGGUACCAUGGUGUUAAAAAGCCAAAGAAAUCAUCAAUCUGCCAUGAGAACAUGGUUGAAUGUGAGCGCACGGCUGUUAUUAGUCAAUAAAAAUGUCAGCUUAUGAUUCAUUUCUCACUUUGUGGAAGGGCGAGAUGUACAGCUGUUAUGAAAGGAGAUGUUAUUUAUGUCAUGUGAAAAUGUCUUGUUGAGUUUUUGUCUGCAUUUAUUCCUGUUUCUCCUGGAUGAGCAAAUGCCACCAGCAGUCACAUUUCAAAUUCAUAACUUCAUGCAUGGCUGCCACAGCAGAAACAAACACACACAUAUUUUAGAGCGCGUGAAACCACACACUAUACAUGCACACUGAGUCAAACAGACACACUCACAUCAGCAGAGAGACGUCUUGCAGAUUGCGGGCUUCAUGCAUGGCUGCUGCAGCAGCGCUUGCAGUGGCUGGAGCAGAUGGUGGAGGUUCCUGUGGCGAUGGCCUCUCUUCUCUGACACCAAUAUUCACAGCGGAAAUUAAAAAAAAAAAAAAAGCAGGCAACAACCUGACUGGCCGCCGCUACCCCUUCAGCAGACCGAGAAGAUGGGAUGUAACUGGUGUCUGCGAGAUGCAGAUUGAAAAGAGCCCAGAUGGCUUUUUCUGGGGGUGCAUACACCGCAGCCGGGAAAUGUAGUCAACUUGUAGAUUGAUAUCAGUGACAUGAAAAUGUUCACAGGAGCAGCCAUUCAUCAUUCUUGCUGGCUGCUGCCCAGCUACAUGCCAGAUUGGCUGCCCAACCCCCCGCAUCCAUCUUGGAUCUGUGAUUUACUGUAGUGAGCUUUGAUCUAACUGUAUUUGUGUUUGUGUGUGUCUGUGUGUUUGUGUGAUGUGUCCAUCCCAGACAAGACGGUGAAGCUGUGGAAAAUCAGCGAGAGAGACAAGCGUCCAGAGGGCUACAACCUGAAGGAUGAGGAUGGACGGAUCAGGAACCCGUCGACCAUCACCUCACUACGGGUGAGAGGUCUCACAAAACUAUCAGGUUUCACAUCAUCCCCAAAGUGUCACAUGAAGUCAUGCACACAACUCUGUGGCUCGUCUUGCGAGUGUGUUAACAUUUUUACUGUUUGGCCUGGAGCCAAGCACCAGGUUAAAACGAAGAGAAAAGAGAAUAUUCUACAUAAAUCUUGCAUGGAAACAAAAACAGGAUUGGCUUAAAGACAGAUAUGGAAAUUAUCAGAUAUGCUGUUGAACUAUAAACUUUGUAGCUCCAUCUCUGAAUAUUUGAUCAAAGUGGUUUGUUUUAAAUCCUGUGAGCUCUCAGAGUCAUUGUCGGCAUAUAGUAAUAACAACACACUGUGUGCAGUAUAUCCACAACAGACUAAAUAAACAAUCUCACAGUGUUUUCUUGAGAGUAACAGAAAAAAAGAGUCAUCUAGGUAAAUACAUCUGUUAUUAUUAUCUCGGUUUUCCAUUAUUUGUGGUGUAAUUAAUCAGCCUGAAACGGCAUAUUUACAGUGAUCCUACAGUCCCAGCUUAUGAACACAUGGCCUUUCACUAUAAGUCAAGAGUAAGUAGCAGGCUAGCUUUGCUUAGCACAAACAAUAAGCUAGGCUAACUGAAUGAGGGCUGUAGUGCUAUAGGGACGUAAGUGUAGUGUUAAUUCAUUUUAAUCAGUCCCUUAGAGGCAAUCAUAUUUCUCAGCAUACUAAACCCUUUUCUUUGAAGACAAAUUAACAGCUCAGGUGAAUGACAAUUAUCUAGACAGGAGUAUGAAUGAGAGACCAAAGCUGACAAACUUUUGAAUGGUGCUGCCUAUCUAAAAGGGCAUGUUGAUGAUAGGCUUUCAAGAGCAGAUAUUUUGACUUGGCGCUGCAGGGAAUGAUGGGUAUAUGACCAGGUAAUAAUGACAUUUACAGUAGCUGUUUUAUGCAAGUGUUCCUGCAAGACAUGACAACCUGACAGUAUGAAAAUAUACAGAUAUGGAGUAUAGAGAUUAACAGACUUUAGCCAUCAUAAGUUUUAUAACUUAUACCUGUUUUUUUUUUUUUUUUAAUAUCUAUCUUACUUUGUAUUUUCAGUGAAGUCUAAAUAAGUUGAGUGAAGAUAAACCGAUCACAAUAAAUCAUUAAGUCAUUCUGUUGCAGGCGCCUCAUUAAUCCUCAUUAAACUUCGAAUAACACUCACCACAUGUCUGAACAACUCCAGCAAAGUUAUUACCAAAGGGUGUGAAUCUCCCCAUAAGAAGACAGUCUAGUCCAGUCCAGUCCAGUCCAGUCCAGUCAAAUCCAGUCCAGUCCUUGAUGGCUACAAUUCUAGUCAAGAAUGGUUUGAUUCGAUUUGCUGCGAUCUAUACAUGGUUGUGGUUCAAUAUAAAUUGGUAACUGAAUCCCAAGAAGAUUUUCACACAUAAUAAACUUUCAGAGAAUCAAAGACAAACUCAUCUUCCAGUAAAACAUGCUUGUGCCCAUUAGUUUUUCAUGAGACAAAUGACUAGGCCUGCACAGUCUGACAUAACAAUGAACCAAAGUCUCCAUCAUUCACCCACUCCAAGGCGUAUCACUAUGACAGGAAGUUUGGUGAGAAAUAUAAAGAUUUGUAAAAACUAACACAGAAAUCUUGGCUUUUCUGCACUUCUGAUGUUUAGGGACUUUGUAAAGCCCGGUAGCACCAAUUAUUUAUCAAUAAUUAAUACUAAUUUAGUCAUCUGUUUAUUAGUAUAAUUAUUACUGUCAAAGUCACAAAAAAUCAAAUAAGGUAAUAAAAGUAAAUGGAAUAAAACAGUGUAACAAAGCUCAUUGUGACACGUCAGACUGAGGAGCACUUCAGUUGUAAAGACAUUAUUUCUCUUUUCUCUCAUCAUUUCUCUUUGACUGACACAUUUGAUCUGCACAUUAAAUUUAGGAUCUGUUAAAAUUGCUGCUCCCCCCUCAUAUCGAAGGUCCCAUUUAAUCUGUUUUUUAAAACACUUGGUGAAGUGCUGUCUGCUCUGUAUUUUUUUUUAACUAACUUAAGGUAUAAACCAGAAAGCCAAUCCCCCAAUUUCUAGAACAAGGCUAUAAACCAGGAGUCUCAAACUCAAAUGAGCUGGAGGCCACUGCUGGCACUGUCAUCUCACUGAGGGACCAGUUCAGUGUUCAAAACUAGUAUCAGCGGAAAAAACAUAAUCACAAACAUUACUGAAAACAGGGCUUAUUUCCAAAAAUUCUGCGAUAAUAUUACACAACUAUUAAAUUCACAGUAAGUGCUAAUGUUUUUGGCCUCAUUCUUAAAUAACAAAUCAAAACUUUUCAUGAACUGACAGCUCUUCUGUUCAUAUAAUAUAAAUAUUAGCCUUAAAUCAGCUUUGAAUGCUUUGAUGACAAAAUGUUGCUUGUAAAAAGGUUUCAUAUUGAGGGCUACUUGUGUCACAUCUUACUAAUACUAGCACAGAUUGCACUGUGGGAUCUCAAAAUUACUCUUCCGUGUGAUGAACAAAGUCACUUUCUCACAAAGCAUAGAGACCAGCAGACUUUUUGAAAGACCUCAGUCCAACACAUGAAGUCCAUAAUUUCUGAGAUGGAGAUUGUAACCUAUGAACUACCUGCUAGCUACCUGACUAGCCACCUCAGCUAAGGGUCCUCUUGUGAAGGUAACAGGGUAUAAGUCUUGCCAGAUUGAAGGCACUGAAUACUGUGUGCAGAAAAUACGACAAAGCCCCAGUCAACCACCCGUGGACUUGUACACUGAUUUUCAGCACAGCGGUUAAUAACUGAUCCACAUCAGUAGAUCUUCAUACCUCCAUUGAUACUGUUCCUUUUUGAAACACCACCUGAUUAAAGAGUGUAAUUUAAAUUCGGAUAAAAGACACCAGCCGACACACCAUCAUUAGACGGUUUGAAGAUACUCUGCCAGAAGACAGUGAGAAUGAGUAAAUUUGAUGAGCGCUAAGGUGAAGACCAUGAAAGGAUCAUCCUCACUGACCCCCCUUUUCUCUCUUCUUAUCAGUCCACUACCUCUUUAAUUUUCACACAAAGCAACUGGGCACGUAGGACAGCAUGUGUGAGUGUGUGUGUGUCUGCCAUAGUAGAUUAGUGCUGUGUUCAGCGUGUCCAUCCCUCUUUGUCUGGCUGGCCAGGGGAUCAUAGCAACCUGGAGGAUAGGCCGGGACUGUGGCAAUCCUGUUUAGAGGCUGUGAAAUUUACGCAUUUGGGAGACAGAGGGGGAGGAGGAAGGGGACGAGCGCAGGAAUAAUUCCAAACUGCAGCCAGAGAUGAUCAAACUGCAAAUACUCUUUAUUGUGGCAUUUAAAGUCUUCCACUCACUGUCCUCAUGAAUCCUAAAACAUGUACUUUCUAACAGGUUAUUUUAUUUUAUUUAUAUUCAAUAUUCUUUUAAAAAGGGACUGCAUGAAUAAAACCAGUGCCAUGCUGAUUCAUUAGAAUUUCUCCCACAUUAUAAAGCACAGAUAUAUCACUUUAAAAUAUUCAGUCUUAUGGAGGACAAUCUUGGGGUCGUUUCGGGCAGGCUGAAUAAUGUAACUGUCAGUGUUUGGGGUUAUGGGUUAAUACGGUCCGUGUCUCUUUGGACAGCCGGUGAAAGACAUGGAAAUGAAGUGACACCCAUGGAGAUACAGCAGCCUGCUGGGCUGCCAUGUCUCUCUGUCAGUGCCAGCGACGGACAAGAGAAAAAGGGAAGAAGCAGCCGAUUUGUUCUUCCCUCUCCCUCCCCUCCCCUCUCUCUUUGUCUGGGUUUUAUCUGGCCAACGGGGGGCUGCAUGCAGGCUGGUGCUGGGUGGCUUUGAAGCCCAAGCAGUACUGUGUAACUGGGUGUGUUUAUGUGUAUAAGUGUGUAUGUGUGAAUGAGUGAGUGAGCUCAUCUUAAUUCUGCGGAGUUUAGUUAUCAUUCCUCAGCAGGGCCUUGUGAUGCCCUUGGGCCAUCUCUCUUUCCAUCUUCCUCUCUUUCGUUCUUUUCCGGCUUUCUCUCGCUCGCACACACACAAACAAAAAAAAAGAGUGACUUCUUCAGCACCCCCAUGAGAGAUAGCAAGAAAGAGAGAGAGAGACGGAGGAAGGGAGGGUGGUGUGAUCACUGAGUAGCCGUGUAGUGAACAGAUAUCCCCGGUCUGAUUGAAGUUGCUCAUCAAACAACCCUGGAGCCCCUCUGUCGCUGUCUCUGUUUCAUUAAGAUUUGUGGAGUAAAUGUCACAUGAAUCCCUGGAGUCAUCUUGUUAUGGCUAACACACGGACGCACAUACUGCAUAUUAACAACACAAAAUUAAUGCACCCACAAGCACGCAGGUUCACACACCCACAGAUAAAAAUCUGAGAGGUUUCCUGGAAGGAAGCAGCGUUAGUGUGCAUGAAAUAUUUAAUGGGUGUUACAAAAUCCAUCAAAGCCUUCGAGAAGGAAAAUUUUCUCUGUCCUUAACUGUCCUCUCUUCGUUUAAUAGGUGCCGGUGCUGCAGCCUAUGGACUUGAUGGUUGAGGCCACGGCCAGGCGAGUUUUCAGCAACGCUCACACCUACCACAUCAACUCCAUCUCUGUCAACUCUGACCUCCAGACGUUCAUCUCCACUGACGACCUCAGGGUGAACCUGUGGAAUCUGGAGAUCACCGACCGCAGCUUUAGUAUCCUCUAACUCAAGACUGCUAUAUGAUCGAAAACAUUAUUUUCUUUGAAAUAUUUAAAAAUAGGUGAAAAAGGUUUUAGUACAAGAAACACAAGAAUUAGAAUUUUCAAAAGCUGUAGUGAUUCACCCUCUUUGGCCUCACAGGUUUUGCCGUGUACUAAAUUUCAACAGCAUGUCUGACAGCGGUAGUUGUUCCUUAGUGCCUUCUUGUCAGAUAUCGUGGACAUCAAACCAGCCAACAUGGAGGAGCUGACGGAGGUGAUCACCUCUGCGGAGUUUCAUCCCCAGCAGUGUCACACCUUCGCUUACAGCAGCAGCAAGGGCUCGAUACGACUGUGUGACAUGAGACAGGCCGCGCUCUGUGACAAACACUGCAAAUGUGAGUACAAGUAGAGUCCUUUUUCUGUGCAAACUGAAAAGGGACAAACUACAGAAUAUGCUCCAUAAAGCUUUGGAGCUUGCAUGCCUAUAGGAAUAUUUUUUACAGUUUCUUUAUCCAUCCCACAUGGAGGCAUUUGUAAUCCUCUUUAAAGCUACUUUUAAAAUCUAGUUGACAAACUCCUUCAUAAACAAUUGCUUUGUAUUAAAAUUAAUUAGAAUUGUGAAUAGUGAUAGUAGAUUUUGCAUUUAAUCAGUGUUAUAUUAGAAAUAACGGUGGAGGAAAAAAUUGAUUCACAUCAGAAUCACAAUUCUGAGUUCCUGCAGUUUUAUAUCAACAAAGGAAAAUUCCUAAGCUCCACAAACAGCCAGUUUAUGCAGCAAUACCACUCCUGGUAUUGUUUGUUAUCAGACAGCUUCCAUGGCUCAGAAAUGUAGCAGGUGUGCAUCAGUCCUGGCCAGCAAGUCGCACUAGUAUUAGCUAAGUAGCUCCUCAUGGAGUUCAGUUAUGUCUAUUAGGCAGCAAGAAAACCAGCCUGUCUCUGUGUUUUUGAUGUUGACAUUUAACUUUAGAUAUGUCCAGAUAUAGAGGAUCAUUACAUGAUAUAUUCCAUAUGCAAAGUGUGGGAUAUGAAAGUUAAGCUCUUUGGAAACACUAGAGAUGCCUGAGCUCACAUCAAACUCCAGCACCUGGUGUUUAGAGAAGUAAAACAGUGACUGACCACAGCUGACCAAUGCACGCUGCAUAACUUGAUCAAAUUUCUGACUAAUUCUAAAUGGGCAAAAAGAAUAUCAAUAUAUGAUCGUCCCUUUCACUUCCACAGACCUCCAGAGGUCCUCAGUGAGGAGGUAUUCUCUUCAGCCAGGAUAUUAAAGACAGCUCUCAAAUCUGACUCCAGAGCAUGCAAUUGUGUUUUCUGCACAAGUAUCUCAAAACUGCUACAGUUAUUCCUGACAUGUCAAAGUCCAAAGAGGCAGCUGGCCAAAACCCUCUAUUUUACGUUUGAGUAUAUUCUAGUUUGUGUAACCUGAACUUUGUGUUCUUACCAUAGUGGAGCUUGGGCCACUGAGAGCUGUUAGAGUCUGAAAAAGCUUAAUUUUUGUAAGUUUAGCACAAAACAAAUGUUAACUUUUGUCUUCUUGUUGCCUCUUUGUACAUUAUUGUAAUCAUGUGAAUUAAAAACAUUUUCAAAUAUAGAAGCUGCACAAACUCAAACAUGAUGUCCUUUAAUGAUAGCAAACUAAAGGAGAAAAAAGCAAAACAAAAUAAGCAUUCUUUUUUUUUUUUUUAAACCAAUGACAGAAUCGCAAAGCAGUUUCAAUCAGGACACAAGAAUCGAAACCAGAUCAAAUUGUGAGAUGGUAAAACAUUAGCGCCACUAAUUACACAUAUAUAUUACUGGCUUUACACAAAAUUCAUACGUGAAAACAAAAAAUCUCUUAGUUUGAUAUAACCAUCAGAAAAAUACAUUCAACCAUUACAUGUUUGCAAUUUACCACUCUCUGUCCCUGCUCCACCUUUUUAUAACUGCUUGCCCUCUGCUCAAAAUGCCAGGAUUGAUAACCCAUCAAUAUUUCUCCUUGUAUGUUGCAAACAAUGAACGGCCUUCUCAAAAGCUUCACAUCCUGUGCAUACACUUUGGUCAAAUGAAUAAUGAAUGCAUUGACAUUUUGGCUGAAAAAUCAAUGGUUUAAGAGCAAUCGCAUUAGUCCCACAUGGCCACACCUUGUUGUUCAAUAACGUCAGUCAUUUCCUCAGACGUAUUGAUGUGUUCACUGGACCGAGCAUGUUGAAUUUCACAUGUAUUAGCAGGCUAAAUAAGAACACCUGUGAAUGCAUUUCAAGCUGUGGUUACUGCUACUCUCAUUUAUUAUCUUUUAAAGAUGAUCUGUACGUGUUUGAGGCAGGUGUUUGCCGCACACACACACACACACACACACACACACACACACACACACACACACACACACACACACACACACACACUGACAGAGCAGGCAGGUGCUCUUGUUUGCCUCAGGACGGGUCUGUUAAUACCGACCUACUGUCUCACUGCAUGAACGGCUCAGAGCGAUGUAUGAUACACUCCCUCCCACACAUUCACACACAGCUCUUCUUUCCCUUGACAUCCACACACAUACAAAAAUACUUUAUGAACCUUCUACAUAAAUAACACUAACACACAAUCAUACUGUAGCCCCCUCCGGUUGCUGUAAAUCCAUGAGGUUUCUGCUAUCAAUCAGCGUUAGAGUGAGGAUGGAUGAAUGGUAGGAUAGUUGAUACAGGGAUGGUUGGAAGGAUAGAGGAAGACUGCCAAAGCGCUGAGCUGCAGGACAGAAAGAUGGGGACCAAACAGCCCCAUGCUGACUCCCCAGGGACCCUAUUAUUUGCCAGGAGGGAGGGAGGGCAGAGGCUCACACACACACGCACAUGCACAUGCAUAUAUACAUGCACAUUCAUACGCACACACACAAAUCCAGUGGGGCUCAAAUGGGCCCAGCACUUUGACAUUGAUUUGUUUUUCUUAUCCCUUCCUCAUCCCCCCAUUUUUUCAUCUCUCAGUCGGCAUCCCUAGUUAGACUCCUCAUUGACACAUCACAGAGUGAUUCUCCAGGCCUCAGUGGAGGAGGAGGAGGGAGGGAGAGGUGGGGGGAAGGGUGGGGGCAUAUUUGGAGAGAUAGAGAGGACAGGGGGAGGAAGGGUGGGAGGGAGGAACAAUAACUUGACAGCUAACGAUGGAAUGCCUGGCUCUUAUCCCCAGUGUGCUGGCCUGCACACAGAUCAGCAGCUGCCAGAAUCAAUAUGAAUCAUAACCAAUAUUUACCCAGCAUGCUGACCCACUCCUGCCUCCCUAUACACACACAGAAAUAAUACCGUGAAGAGACCCAGCUGCUGAAGCAAACCGGCAUUGUUGUGGCUCUUGUCAUUCACUAACGACGACCCAAAACAGAGUCUGCUCUGUGCUUCCUGCCUGUCAGUGAUUAAAGACUUAUGCGAGGGAAAAACGCCUCUCUGGUCCAGGGACCUCUUACUGAGGAACAAAUGAUUUCUCUGGUACAGGAUAACUCUCUUUUGUUUGUUUUUCUUAGACUUUGAGGAGCCAGAGGAUCCCUCCACUCGCUCCUUUUUCUCUGAAAUUAUCUCAUCCAUCUCGGACGUGAAGUUCAGCCACAACGGGCGCUACCUGAUGACACGGGACUACCUCACUGUCAAGGUGUGGGACCUUCAAAUGGAGAACAAACCACUGGAGACGUACCAGGUGAGCUUUUGUCAAGCUUUAAUGUGUCUGCUGGAAACUUUGGAGGCUACAGAGAGAUAUCUCAGUAAAUAAUGGUUAGGCUGAGUUCAAAUAAAAAAAAUUGAUUUAAGGCUAAUCACUCAACAUAAUCCUGUUCCAGUGUCAUCCUGCCAAUCUGUAGCCGUGUCAUCUUUAGCGAUUAACCUGGGGUGGCUUAUUGAGCUGACUGUCCAUGAAAAGACAGAUAGUGGUGGUGCUGAUGCAACCUGAAGGGCAAAACCUCCCAUCGUGAGGUCACCAGGGGUCACAUCCGCACUUUCUGAUCAGGGGAAGCCAUCUUAGGGCAGGUCAUGAGUGAUAGGGCCAUAAGCGGGACUCAAGGGAUUCUCAGUCCAAUUCCAGCUCCGCCUCCACCUGCUACCAAGUGUCUUAACGUAGGUCACCAGGUCUGAGGGGAUUACUGAAAGUAGAGCAUAUGGUAGUGCAGCUUAUGGUUGCAUGGCAAUGAAGAGAUUAAGAUGUUGGAAAAGUGUGGUCACAAUUCACCAACAACUUAAGACAUUAAUGUUUACAUUUAUUUUCAGGUCCACGACUAUUUACGAGGCAAACUUUGCUCUCUGUAUGAGAAUGACUGCAUCUUUGACAAGUUUGAGUGUGUCUGGAACGGAUCAGAUAGGUAAGAAUCAUCUCAUUAUUACUCAUAUAUUCUUCUAUCUCGCCAAUUUAUAUCUCUAAUGGACACUUUUUUCCCUCUACCCCCCACAGCGUCAUAAUGACCGGCUCCUACAACAAUUUCUUUCGAAUGUUUGACCGAAACACAAAACGUGACGUCACGCUGGAAGCUUCCAGAGAAAACAGCAAACCCAGAGCCAUUCUCAAGCCUCGCAAGGUACAGCACUGCUCACUCACUAUAGCUAAAUAAAGAUGAUAUCUGGAAACCUUAUGAUUAAUACUGACAGAUUUGUUAUCUCUACUAAUGAUGGGUAUUUGGAGGCAUCCAUGCUUUGCUUCAAAUCAAAAUCUUAAGAUAAUCUGAUGCCACAUGAGUAAUUAUGGCCUUAAAAGCUAUAACUCUGACAUUCAGUUGAACUAUUUUCAUUCUGAAUCCAACAAACAGCACCAAUCUACAAAUUAGGUUAAUUCGAUAGACUGUAUAAUAAGUAGGAUGACAAAACAGUACAUUAAAGUGAAGCCCAAACACUUGGAGCUGCCCUGAUUCUCAUUAAGGGUUAGUUCUUAUCUUACUGAUUUGUGUCUAAAUGUUUGUUUUUCUGUAAAGUUCAGUUUAACUUUGGUUAUCUAAUGUUAUAUAAAGGGGCACACUGCGAUUAACAGCUACGUUGACAAUGUGGAUUAAAAUUAACUGGACUGUGAGUGUCUGAAUCAAGCUAACAAGAUUUGCUUAGGGCCUGUGUCCACUAACCGCUUUUUUUUUUUUUUUUUGUGCAACACCCACAACCUCAGUUUAAGAGAGCUUUUGAUUGGUGUUACUGUUGCUAGGUGACGAGGGUUGUACUGCGGUCCCCCCAGUCCCAUUGGUAGUAACUGAUCGGUCAAUAAAAAAGGUGGUUAGUUGUCACCUCUGCACGGGUGUCUGCCUUGUUAUUGCCAAUGUGUCUGUUGGGAGUCUGCCCCGCUUGGUUUUUAUUGGUAGGUGUUGGAGGAGUGACAUUCACAAGUGUUAAAGUGUUCAAGAGGUUGAACUGUUUUCAACAGACAGCACUGUGAGCAAGCCACAAAAGACAGCUGACAUGGAUGUAUCUGGGCUUAGAGUACUGAACGCUGAAAACUUCAGAAAAUGCAUAAAGUGAGACAGGCCCUUAUGCUGUGGACCGUACAGACUGAAGGAUCUCUGCAUUUUAUGGUUCAAGUAAAACAUAGGUAACAAUGUCCACCAGCAAAUCCACACUGCACAGAUUCCAGGACAAAAAAGUGCUACCAACACAAGAUGUUAGCAGCCAUCUGUGGUCUUUUGGCUUUACAUGUGUACAGCAAUUAGCAUUGGAGAUAAUUCUCCCAUCUUUUUCUUACAAUAAACGGUCGAAUCGGUUGAUCUGUAGAAAAUUCAAAUCACCUCACCUUGUAAUCCUCAAAGCAUUUCAGCAUCUUUUACAGUUUUUAACUCACUGUGUUGGUUUCACAACUUUGCAGCAGAACUCACUGUUUUGGUGUGCCCUCUAAUGUGACCCUCACAGCAGGUUGUUUCAAAGAAAAAAAAAAAAAAGUUCUGAUAAAUCUGCUGAACACAACUUCUCAAGCAACAAACAGCAGACAGGACAAAUUUAGCAUUAUUUGGUAAGCAAACUGAAAGGCUUAACCAGGCCACAAAUUCCCCUUGAGUUCAGGCAGACACUGAAGCAAAGUUUGAGAUGAGUGUGUGAUACAAAUAACUUGCUAGUCAAAAAAAUAAAAUAAAAUAAAAUAAAAUAAAGCUUCCACACUAAUUUUAAUGCUCUUCAGUUGACUUAAUUUAACCUUUGAAAUUCUCACUAGGGAUGUUUGAAGCAACCAAUUUCUUUAUUGAUUAAAUGGAAAUUUGAAUUCCAAGAAAACACAUGAAAAACAGCACAGAUUUAAAACAUUUUUAACAUGGCUUCACAAAGGAUCACAGAGUUAGAGGGAAAACUAUCACAUUUGUUUGUUGAAUGUUGCUAAUGUUAGCAGAAUUAGCCCCUCCAGUCCCUCUUACAGGUUUCUGUCUACAUGCCUGUGCUUUUUUAUUCCCGUUUGACCAGAAACAGCAUACAUCAACUUUUGUCUCCACUUCCAGAUCAAAAUACUGUCAAACUACCUAAUGUUUCAGGAUGCCAACUAUGCUAGGUAGUAGAUCAUUUUAGCAUCACGUCAGUAGCCACUGUCGAGAACUACAGCUUCAUGAUAACAUUUAAUAGUUUAGUCAACUAAAUGUACACAUCCUUAUAUCUGGCCAAAAUAUAAACCACUGUCAGUUUAUGAGGUGUUAUAUAUUCAGUGUUAUGUUGUACAGCUUGUUCUGAUGUCUCUAAUAAGGCAAAAUUAAAUGGAUAAUGCUGAAAUCAAUGCUAAUUUAUGCUUUGAAAACAGUGAGAACUGUCAUACUUUAACACGUCUUUAUCCCCACUGUUAUCCUCCAGGUGUGCGUGGGUGGAAAGCGCCGAAAGGAUGAGAUCAGUGUAGACAGCCUGGACUUCAGUAAGAAGAUCCUUCACACUACGUGGCAUCCGCAUGAGAACAUCAUUGCUGUAGCUGCCACCAACAACCUCUACAUCUUUCAAGACAAGGUCAACUAACAGACAGACUGGCCUUGCUGACCCCCCCAACACAUGAGGGGCUGUAGGGAGAGGCAGGGUUGGAGAAAGACAGUGAUGAAGCCCUGAUCUACAUCCUCCUCCCCCUCCUCUCUCUCCUUUCCCUGUGUCUUGUUGCUGCCGGUCUUGAUUUUCAGAAGUGCAGAAAAAAAGUAUCCAGUGACUGACUUGUAAAGCAGUGAAUUUAUGGGAAGCUGGAAAUGGAAACUCAGCCUGGAUACAACAUGUGGAAAAGGGUCUCUCAAAAUCAAGAAUGGACUUUCAUUCUUCAAUUUGAUUUCUUAUUUAUUUUCUUUAGCCAUGCAGACACCCGAAGGAAUAAAUCCUGUGCAAUUAUGCAUCAAGAGGAUUGCUGCAUGAAUUACAAAAUGUAGCAGCCCUCUGGACCCUGAAGAAAGGGGAUGGAUGUGGGUACAAUGGACACACAUAAGAGCACACAGACUGAAACACAGCUUACAUGAUGGUGGCUCAUUGUCAUGUAGCAACAGUGCCCCCUGUCUUUGAGUCUGCUCAUGCUACAGUGCAUGUGAUCAACCCUGCAGCCUCUGACUGAGGCAGUUUCCAGACAGUUUAACCUGCUGCAGAGUUUCAACAAAAGAGGAAGAGACUGUUAUUAAUCUCUGACCCCACAAACUGAGUUUUCUCUGCCUGUGACAUAAUGUGGUCAGUCUUUCUAGUUCCAAUUCUGUGUCUCCCUGGUGAGACUGCUGUAGUCUGUAAUGUGAAUGAGGCCCAUCCAGGCUGUGUCAAUGGUUUUAUUUAAUGCUGUUGUUUUAUUGAGUCCUUCUCUCGGUCAAUGAGUCUGUUUAGAAGCUGUGGUGCCUUCUUUUGGUAUGUGGGGGUUUGAUGUAGUGGGAGUGGGCGGGGGGAGGGAACUGAGUACAUGGAAGGAGUGUGAAUGUUUCAAAUGAAAUGUUAACAUAGCAUUUUCUUUUUGGUUGUUUUCCCCCUCUUUCUCUUUAAACAAUAAAGCUCAACUGAAGUUUGAAGUGAAAACAAAGUGCUUGAAGUAAUGUAGUCAAAGUUACAUGAAAGCACCGGCUACAUGCUUGAGAGUUCAAGAGAGGAGGCUGUGAUAUGUACAGAGUAAUCCUUUGCUUGUAUCAUGUUGCAGUCAGUUUGCUGUUAUCUGUUCAUAAGAGACAUGAUAAAGCCAGAUUAGCUUUGGUUUAAAUUUAAAGUCCUUCACCAUUUUUUUAAUCUUAUUUGGAUAGUACUGAAAAUGAUCUGUAGAUGGUAGUAGAGUAAACUUUUCAUGUUGAUUUAUUGAACUUAAGAUUUCUUGACAUACCAUAAUGCUAGCACAGCUCUUUCUGCAUGUAUUGGAUCAGAUUCUGAUGAAAAGGACAGCUUGCAUAUAGAUAUUUGAGCAUCUACAGAUCAUCUUGAGGCACUAUGCAAGUAGAAGAAACCUGUUUUAUUAAGGAAAGGUUUCAUUUGUAAUCGCUGCAGUGCUCGUCCAUGUUCCUUCUCUUACCAAAGAGAAGUAACUUGGAACAGUAGCAGGUUGUAUUUCAGCACUCAGCUCCAAUCAGUUAGGAAAGCCCCACUUGUCUCAAAUUUGAUUUUAAGAGCCAACUCCCAUUAUGGAAAGCAGUCCAAGGUCUAAAUGAACUCUGUGAAAUCAGGGAAUUAUUAAGUGUGGUUCCUUUGAACAGUUAUGUCUUCUAAACAACCUCCUUUGUGACACUAAUUGAAACAAAAACAAAAAAAGAAAAAAAGAAAAAAAACUUUUAUAGCUCAGAAUGUAUUGAAAUGCAAUUACCAUGCAGUCUUUAUGCUUACUGGACUUUCUUUGAAUAAAAAAGAAUAAAGAUGUGCAAGUUCAAAGACU